GGAAGCGGCCGCCUUGUCUGCUCCACAUGUGCUGGGAGUUCUGUAACCAACAGCUACUUGGGCUUCGCCUGGCAGCUGCCUCCCUUCGCCUGUGGGGCUGAGGCUUCUCCCCCCAUUUCUCUCUCUUUUUGGGGGGUGGGGGGGCCAGAUAUCUCCUCCUCCUCCUCCAGCCUCUCCAUCCCUAGUGGGGCUUCCCCUCCCCAUACAAGCCAGGGGUCUCCCUGCCCCACUUUUCAGUGGGGCUCCUUUCCCCCUGGAACUUUAUUAUUAUUUUAUUUCCCCUUCCCUCGUGUAUAUAUAUAUAUAUUUCUGUCUCCUUCCCCUCCCAGCACAAUGGCAACUGAGGAGCUGGAGAAGAUACUGUCAGAUUUGCUGCAACCCGACAAUGCCGUCAUCCAACAGGUAGAGCGGGGAAGAGAAGUGUGGGGCGGCUGGGUUUGAAACCGCAUCAGGAUCCAGGCAUUUCAGGGGAAGCAGGAUAUGUGAAAUCCAGGGGGGCAUGUGAGUGGUCAGGGCUUGGAGCAACCCAAGUCUUGGAAAAUCAAUUAAAAGUAUUAAUAUAGUGCGAUUUAUGAAUCGCCUGUUAUUAUUUUUGCAUCUCUCUCUCUCUCUCGGGGCCACCAAAAUAAUAGCCUUAGAAAGAGGAAAGACCAGGAGGUGUCAUUUUAAGAGCUAUUGGGAAAUGAACCCUGAGGGACCACCUCACCCGGCUGGGAAAACUCGUCCAGGCAAAAAAAUAAUUUAAUGUUUUCAGAUGUUUCUGGAAAGCACAGAUAGUGGGCGCUGCUAUGCAAUCUCUAAUGAAGUUUUAAUUCGCAUGCUUUGAUUACGGAUGUUUGUGCAACUGGUAUCUGCGCUUGUAAGCUGCUUAGCGGACCAUGUGGGCAUAAAUUAUACCCUUUUAAAAUGUGGCUCUUUUCUAGGGGGGUAGGGAGUGUUUUUGGGUUGUUGUUUUUAUUCUGAUUAUAUAUGUUGUGAUCUUCCCUGUUUAGGGAAGUUUUUAAUGACUGGUGUUUUAAUGUGUUUUUAAUCUUUUGUGGGGCGCCACCCAGAGUGGCUGGGGAAACCCAGCCAGAUGGGCAGGGUAUAAAUAAAUUAUUAUUAUUAUUAUUAUUAUUAUUAUUAUUAUUAUGUGAACAGCCCUGAGACCUUCGGGUAUACGGCAGUAUAUAAACUCAAUAUUAUUAUUAUUAUUAUUAUUAUUAUUAUUAUUAUGUGAACAGCCCUGAGACCUUCGGGUAUACAGUGGUAUAUAAACUCAUUAUUAUUAUUAUUAUGUGAACAGCCCUGAGACCUUCAGGUAAACCGCAGUAUAUAAACUCAAUAUUAUUAUUAUUAUGUGAACAGCCCUGAGACCUUCGGGUAUACAGUGGUAUAUAAACUCAUUAUUAUUAUUAUUAUUAUUAUUAUUAUGUGAACAGCCCUGAGACCUUCGGGUAUACGGUGGUAUAUAAACUCAAUAUUAUUAUUAUUAAUAAUCAUAAUAAAUUAAGCAGGAUAGGAAUGGAGGGAAAUGCUAAUAAAUAGGGGAGGGUAAGGUUUUGGAUUGGGAGUUGUACAUUGAGGUCCAGCAACAUGCAGAGAACUGAUUUGGGGGAUGCGUAAUAAUGGCUCUACUGGAUCAGACCAGCGGCCCAUCGAGUCCAGCAUCCCCUUCUCAAAGUGGCCAACUCGGAUGCCUUAAAUCCGUAAGCAGGAUUUGAACGCAAGACACCGCUCUUCUCCUGCGGUUUCCAGCAGCUGGCAUUCGGAAGCCUUGCUGACUCUGACUGUGCCAGCAGAGCAAAGCCACUGUGGCUAAGUAGCCCUUCUCUGCGAAUUUGCCUCAUCCUAUUUUAAUUCCAUCCAAAUUGGGGGCCGUGACUGCCUCUUGUCUUGUGGGAGGGAGUUCCAUUGUUUAACAAUUCGCUGUGCAAAGAAGGAUUUUAUUUUAUCUGUCCUGGAUCUCCCUACAUUCAACUUCCUUCCAUUUAAUUGUUCUGAGAGAGGCGUCUGAGAUAGAGACUGGUCUUAUUUUGGCAGGGGGGCGGCCCUCACAGGAUAUCCCAAUGCUCCUUUUCCAAGUCAGUUAGUGUAAUAGGCAGGGGAAUUUUCCCCCUCCAAAUAAUCUUUAUUAGUUUUCCAGUUACAUACUCCACAUACGCAUAAUGCGUUUUAUUUUACAUUUAUACUUGCUCCUAAGCGCUGACUUCCCUCCUUUCUUCUUCUGGUUUUUUAUAUCACAUAUAAUUUUAUCGCAUUAUUUUCUUCCAUUUUGUAUAUUAUUCAUUUUCCAUAUUUGUCCGUAGUAUAUCCAUAAACAAAUAAAUCCUUCUGUUUAUACAAUUCUUGUUGUCUGUCUGCAUGUAUUUACAACUAUUGUUAGUUAUAUUAAUCUCCUUAUACAUUUUGCUUCAUAUUAUUUUCAUUAUCCAUCACUUUUCUUAAUCGUUCCCGUUAUGAGGUUCAUUCCCAAUUCUACUGGUUUCACUAUUUCAUCUUAUCUUUCCCAUAUACGACAUAAAUUUUUCCCACUCUUUUUGAAGAAAUUUUGCUGGUGGGUAGUCUUACCUUAAGGGACGUGGGUGGCGCUGUGGCUUAAACCACAGAGCCUAGGCUAACUUGCCGAUCAGAAGGUUGACGGUUCGAAUCCCCGCGACGGGGUGAGCUCCUGUUGCUCGGUCCCUGCUCCUGCCAAGCUAGCAGUUUGAAAGCACAUCAAAGUGCAAGUAGAUAAAUAGGUACCGCUCCGGCGGGAAGGUAAACAGCGUUUCCGUGCGCUGCUCUGGUUCGCCAGAAGUGGCUUAGUCAUGCUGGCCACAUGACCUGGAAGCUGUACGCCGGCUCCCUUGGCCAAUAAAGCGAGAUGAGCGCCGCAACCCCAGAGUCGUCCGUGGCUGGACCUGAUGGUCAGGGGUCCCUUUACCUUUACUAGCCUUACCUUAGGACCCCUAGAUCUGAAACCGCUCCUUGUCUAUGGACUCAGGAGUUGCCAGUGGCUGGCUGCCUCAGUCAUGCUCUUUGUAAAAUGGCAAAUCGCAGCAGCUGCCCCUUCGGAGCUGUUGUGAAAUACAAAUUCCUUUGCAUGGAAGCAUUUAUUUAUUGACUUUUUAUAAAAAGAAAAAGAAAAACGGUUUUAGGACCAGUUUAGGGCAUCCUGUCCCUCUGGGUAUAGCAGAAACCCAUGCUGCAUGAGAAAUAACAUGGCAUGGUUAUUUAUGUACGCCACUACUGCGCCCCAUGUUUUGUUAGCCCCAAAAUGGAAAACAAGUGAGGUCCCAGCUAAAGAAGUAUAGCAACUUAAGCUGAUGGAAGAUGCGCAGCUCACGGACUUAACAUAUAGAAUAAGAGCACAAGAAGAACAUACGUUUAGAGAAGAUUGGAAAACGUUUAUUUAAUAUAUUAUUACUUAUUUAUUAAAUUUAUAUACCGCCCUACACCCAGAGGUCUCAGGGCGGUUCACAGGAUAUAUGGGAAAUAACUGUGUAAACUUGAAAAUGUUGGCAGCAUUAAGAUAAACUCAACGGUGUCGAUUAAGCUUUGAUGGAUGUAAUGAUGGAAUACUGAAUGGUUUAGUUUAGGUAAAAUAUGCAGGGAUUUGUGAUAUGCAAAAUGAACCAUGGAAGGAGAAGAAGGGAAGUCACUGAUAUUUUAAGGAUGCUUAAAGGAGUAUUCUAAAUUGUGAAACUGAAAAUGUAAUAAAAAAUUUAUAUAUGAAAAGAGAGAAACGGCGCGGCUAUACUCUGCAGUGACUGAACUGAAGAUUUGGGUCGUGACGCAGUGGGUCAGUGCAUCAGGCUGUUGACCAAAACUUUGGUGGUUCGAGUCCCCCAGGGAUGGCGGUGGGCAGGAUUUUGCAGCGGGUUGGACUAGAUGACCCUCGGGAUCCCUUCCGACUCUGUCAUUCUUCCUCCUCAGGCUACAGCCCAGUUGAAAGAGGCCCUGAAGCAUCCUUUGGCACUGUCCCACCUCUGUCAGGUGAUGUCCAGCUCUCAGAAUCCGCAGGUAAGACCCUGCAGGGCUUAGCCCAGGGAUGGGGAAUCUGGGGGUACCUUCGUGGACUACAAACUCCCCACCUCCAACUGUUGGGUGUGCUGGCUGGGGGUCAUGGGAAUCCAACAACACCUGGAAGGCCACAGGUUAAGUACCGUAUUUUUCGCUCCAUAAGACGCACUUUUUCCCUCCUAAAAAGUAAGGGGAAAUGUGUGUGCGUCUUACGGAGCGAAUGCAGGUGGGAGGCUCUGCUCAGCGCUCCCUUUAAAGAGCCGCGUGGAGCAUGUGUGCGGCUCUUGGGGGCUUUUCCCCGACGAGGGACAAGGGAAGACCGUCAGUCCCUUCUCCCACCUCACAGUUUGCACACCACAUCGCCCUUCCUCCUGUGUCCUCACCGGCCUCUCCCAUUUGCCUCUUGUCUCCUCCACCCCCAGAUCCGGCAGUUUGCCGCUGUGUUGGUGAGAAGGCGCCUAACCAAACACUGGCGGAAGAUCAGUGCGGCUGACCAAGCCAUGUAAGUCUGGAUGAGGAAGGUAUUCUGGGGAGUGUAGAAGGAAAAGACGGGCAGGGGGUUGACUUGGAGCAGCUCCUGGUUCACAACUCACUCUCAUUCCCAAGCUAAAAUUUAACCCCGACCCUGAAAUCUUCUCUCUUCCAGGCUAAAGACGCUGGUGCUGUCCACCCUGCAGAAGGAAACAGAGUGAGUGUUCAUAUAUAGUAUAAUAAUUAUUAUAAUUAUAAUUUAUUAUUUAUUCCCCAGCCACUCUGGGUGGCUUCCAACAAAAUAUUAAAAUAUAAUAGUCUGUUAAACAUUAAAAGCUUCCCUAAACAGGGCUGCCUUCUAGAUGUCUUCUAAAAGUCUGGUGGUUGUUUUUCUCUUUGACAUCUGAUGGGAGGGCGUUCCACAGGGUGGGAGCCACUACCAAGAAGGCCCUCUGCCUGGUUCCCUGUAACUUCGCUUCAUGCAGUGAGGGAACCACCAGAAGGCCCUCAGCGCUGGACGUCAGGGUCCGGGCAGAAUGAUGGGGUGGAGACGCUCCUUCAGGUAAACUGGGCCACUGAGGCCGUAUAGGGCUUUCAAGGUCAGCAGCACCAACACUUUGAAUUGUGCUCAGAAACGUACUGGGAGCCAAUGUAGGUCUUUCAGGACCGGUGUUAUGUGGUCUCGGUGGCCGCUCCCAGUCACCAGUCUAGCUGCUGCAUUCUCAGCCUCUCUUCUCCGUGCCCCCCCCCCCAAUAUCUUCUUUUCCAGCCAUAAGGUCUCUCUAGGUCUGGCCCAGCUGGCUGCCGUCAUUCUGAAGAACGAGAAGCUGGAGAAAUGGCCGCAGAUGCUCCAGCUCAUCCAGCGGGGGGCGCGCUCGCAGGACCCCACCCAGUGCGAGGUACGGGGGGGGGGGGUUUCAAGGGGUCUUGCUUCCCUUCUCUCAGCUUGGUCCCCCAGCUGCGGUUUGUACCUGGCGGAGACAGCCGUGGCUUGUAGGCAGGUUGCGCUCUGCUAACCUCUUUACGCUGGUUUAUUUAACAAAAUUUGGGUGCCGCUUGGUCAAUUGCAAGAGGUCUCUUAAGCGCGUUACAGAAUACAGUCUAGAAUAUCGAUUAGGAAAAGCUAUAAAAGGAAACAUUAAGAACAAGUUGCAUGUAUAUGUAUGUGAGUGUGGAUGUAGAUAGAUGACUAGAAAUAGGUUUGGACUACGGAGAAAACAUUGGCACAGAUUUAGUGGUUUUUUUAAAAAUGGCAUUUAAAAUAAAAUAUAUACUUUAUUGUUUCAGGUUUUUUUAAAUUUAAUGUUCUAUGUGUCUUUUCCCCCCUGUGAGCUGCUUGGAAUGCUUCUGUUACAGGAUGGCUAUGAAAAUGUAGUAAAAAAUAAGAAUCAAGUAUCCUUUGAGGAGAGACACGAGUGGCGCUGUGGGUUAAACCACAGAGCUUGCCGAUCAGAAGGUUGGCAGUUCGAAUCCCCGCGACGGGGUGAGCUCCCGUUGCUCGGUCCCUGCUCCUGCCCACCUAGCAGUUCGAAAGCACGUCAAAGUGCAAGUAGAUAAAUAGGUAUCACUCCGGUGGGAAAGUAAACGGCGUUUCCGUGCGCUGCUCUGGUUCGCCAGAAGCGGCUUAGUCAUGCUGGCCACAUGACCUGGAAGCUGUACGCCGGCUCCCUUGGCCAAUAAAGCGAGAUGAGUGCCGCAACCUCAGAGUCGGCCACGACUGGAUCUAAGGCUCAGGGGUCCCUUUACCUUUACCUUUAUCCUUUGAGCGGAAAAAACCCCACUGUCGAAUUGAGGCAUUCCUAACGGCUCUCAAAUUUCCUUAAAAUAAUAAUACCGCAGUUACUUGAAUCUAACGUGCACCUCCCCCCCAAAAAAAAAUUAUGCGAAAAUUAAGGCACGAAUUAGGUUUGACAGCACGUUUGCAUUCACCAGCAAAUACUUUUUUGGGGGUGGAUUCAAGGUUCUGAAAACAGAGUUGUGCAUUAGAUUUGAUGGCGCAUGAGACUUGAGUAAAUACAGUGAUAAGCCCUAAAGGGACUUUUGCGCCCCCUUCUGGCCGCAGGUGGGAUUGCUGCUUCUGCAUUCCGCCCUGGAACUGGAUCCCGAGGUGUUCGCUCCGCACUUCAAGGAACUCCUGCGCCUCUUUCACCAGACACUCAACCAGCGCAACCAGCCAGCCACCCUUUACUACUCCCUGCGAAGCCUCAGCACCAUGGUCCCCGUGCUGGGCUCCGACGAGAUGGUGAGUCCGUCGCUAUUUCUUCUUUUUUAAAAAAUAAUAAUAAUUAAUGAUGCUUUUCGGAUCUAUCCAUCUCACUAAUUUUACAAUCAUUUUAACAUUUCAAAACUCGACUUCCUUCCCCCUCUUUCUGCGGUUCCUUAAAUUUAUAUUUAAUAUCUUCUGCAUAUCCUAAUUCAUUUAAUUUGCUCAUUUAUUCAUCUUUUUAAAAUAUCCCGUAUUUUUUGCUCUAUAAGAUGCACCAGACCACAAGACGCACCUAGUUUUUGGAGGAGGAAAACAAGGAAAAAAUAUAUUCUGAAUCUCAGAAGCCAGAACAGCAAGAGGGAUCGCUGCGUAGUGAAAGCAGCAAUCCCUCUUGCUGUUCGGGCUUCUGGGAUAGCUGCGCAGCCUGCAUUCACUCCAUAAGACGCACACACAUUUCCCCUUACUUUUUAGGAGGGGAAAAGUGAGUCUUAUAGAGGAAAAAAUACGGUAUACACUUAUAAAACUGCAGGUUAUUACAAUAAUGCUGCCAAUGUUCUUUUGCAGUUUAUCUGUAAAUUGUCAAUAAACCAUUUCCAUUCUUUUAUAAAAAGUUUGUUGUCUUGAUUUCUUAUUCUUCCGGUAAGUUUCACAAUUUCUGUAUAUUCCACAAGUUUUUGUAUCCAUUCUUCCUUUGCUGGGACUUCUGCUUCUUUCCAUUUUGGGGCGCGUAACAUUUUUGCCGCUGUAGUCGAGUACAUGAAUAAGUUUCUGUACAGUUUUGGUGGUUCUGUCCCUAUAAUUCCCAAAAGGAAAGCUUCUGGGGUUUUUUACAAAUGUUAUUUUAAACAUCCUUUCCAAUUCAUUAUAUAUCAUUUCCCGGUAAGCUUUAACCUUACUACAAGACUGCCACAUAGGAUAAAAAGAGCCUUCUUUCUCUUUACAUUUCCAACACUUAUUUGAUUUGGAUUUAUACAUUUUUGCUAAUUUAAUUGGUGUUAGACACCCUUGGUAUAUCAUUUUCAUAUAAUUUUCUCUUAGACCAUAACAUGCUGUGAAUUUUAUAUCCAUAUUCUACAGUCAUUCCCAUGCUUCCUUGUCUAUAUUACGACCAGUAUCUAUUGCCAAUGUAUCAUUAGGUCUGCUGCUAUUUCUUUAGCUAUUUUUCAGUGUACAAGGAUUCACCGUUUUGUUUCUUAAUUGUCUCCUGCUCUUCCUUCCCCUCUCAGAAUCUGAUGUCUUCUAUGAUGCCCAAGGUGAUUGCAGCCAUCCGGGAACUGAUCUCUGUUAAUGAGGUGGGUGCUGUGUGUGUGUGUGUGUGUGUGUGUGUGUGUGUGUAAGAGAGAGAGAUGCACUUUGCUGCUCUGUGUUUCAGAGAUUAUUAUUUGUACCCCGCCCACCUGGCUGGGUUUCCCCAGCCAUUCUGAGUGGCUCCCGAAAGAAUAAUAAAAACACGAUAAAACAUCAAACAUUAAAAACUUCCCUACAACUUCUCAACAACUCUUUGGCUUCAUCAUCAUCAUCAUCAUCAUCAUCAUAAUAUAUUAUUUAUACCCCACCCAUCUGACUGAGUUUCCCCAGCCACUCUGGGCGGCUCCCAAUCAAGUGUUAAAAACAGUACAGCAUUAAAUAUUCAAAACUUCCCUAAACAGGGCUGCCUUCAGAUGUCUUUUAAAGAGAAGAUAGCUGCUUAUUUCCUUCACAUCUGAAGGGAGGGCAUUCCACAGGGUGGGCGCCACCACCAAGAAGGCCCUCUGUCUGGUUCCCUGUAACUUCACUUCUCGCAAUGAGGGAACUGCUAGAAGGCCCUCGGAGCUGGAUCUCAGUGUCCGGGUUGAACGAUGGGGGUGGAGAUGCUCCUUCAGGUAUACAGGACUGAGGCCGUUUAGGGCUUUAAAGGUCAGCAGCAACACUUUGAAUUGUGCUCGGAAACGUACUGUGAGCCAGUGCAGAUCUCUCAGAACUGGUGUUAUGUGGUCCUGGCGGCCACUCCCAGUCACCAGUCUAGCUGCCUAAAAAAAGCUCAACAACUCUAGUCCAUCGACAAUGGGUAGAUGAUUGCCAGAUUUUUUAUACAGUGGAUGUUCAGGUUGAGAACGUGAUCCAUGCAGGAUGCACAUUCGCAACCCGCAGCGCCACGUCUGUGCACGCACGGGUUGCAAUUCAGUGCUUCUGCACAUGCACAAAGCGCAGUUUAUUGCUUCUGCGCACGCACAACCCCCAAAACCCGGAAUUAACCCGUUCCAGUACUUCCAGGUUUCGGCGGGUCCGUAACCCGAAAAAACGCAACCUGAAGCGUCUGUAACCCAAGGUAUGACUGUACUGUGAGUAGAUUGCAAAUUCGUGGGAGUUGAACGUCCCUGUUCUGUGUUUUCAAUAUUCUGUUGGGAGCCGCCCAGAGUGGGGUGGGUGGAGUAUAAAUAAUUUCUUCUUCUUCCUCCUCCUCUUCUUCGUCUUCUUCUUCUACUGUGAUACUACCUGGACCCAGGGGCCUGACCCUGCGUUAGGCAGCUGAGCUCGUCUCGUACAUAUGACCUGUACUUAUCUGCCCGUCAUCGUCAGGUUGCAGCCAUAAAGUGCACUACAUUUUGAAACAACAAGAUGUCGGGCUUUGCGGCCUCCGUGUGUCCGUUUGGCAUUCGAUAGCGCUCUUAUUUCUUUGUUUCUCCUCGCUCCACAACCUUUUUAUUUUUAUUUUUUGUAUAUAAUUUUUAUUUUCUGCUUUACACUUUAAAAUACUCAUUUUAAAUCCUCAAGAUAUCAAUGACUCCCCAACCCUUUUAGACCCACGCUGGCGAAGUGAUGGAGGUUUUCGACGAGCUCAUGGAGACCGAAGUGUCCAUCAUCGUGCAGCAUCUCUCGGCGGUCGUUGGCUUCUGCCUGGAGGUCAGUGGGCGGAUGCGCCUGGUCUGGCUCCCCUUCCUCCCCUGCGCUCUGGCUCCCCCUUCAGGUUGGAGCCGGAACUGAGCUUCGGAACAUGGACUCAAAUCUAUUUCCUCGCUUCCCAGGUGGCCUCCAACCCAUCACUGGGCGACAACCUCCGGGUGAAGGCUUUGUCCUGCAUCAGCUUCCUCAUCAAACUCAAGGGCAAGGUCAGUGCGAGCGAAAGAGCGGGGCGACUCUUCCUGGGUUGCCUGCUCCCCUUCCCCACCCAUGCGGGGGAACUUUCCCAGCAGAUCUUUGCCUGCGCCCUGACCCUGCAGUGGGCGGGACUGGCACCCUGUCAAUCCCCUGGCGUCAUGGCGAUACUGGGCGAUUGACAGGAGGGUGUUCCCACCCACAGCUGGUCCAUGGGCUCAGUCCUGCUUCCGGCCAGGGUGGAUUUGGUUUAAAUCACUUGCCAGUAAGACUUGAUUUAAAUCAUCAUUAUUUUUACAGGAAGGCUCAUUCCUGCCGUAUCUUCUUAAUACCGUAUUUUUCGCUCUAUAAGACGCACCAGACGAUAAGACGCACCUUGUUUUUGGAGGAGGAAAACAAGAAAAAAUAUUCUGAAUCCCAGAAGCCAGAACAGCAAGAGGGAUCCGGCUUCUGGGAUAGCCUCUUGCUGUUCUGGCUUCUGGGAUAGCCACCGAAGCCUCUCCCGGGCAGCAGGAUGAAGGCUCCCCAUGCCAGGAAGAGGCUGUGCGCGGCUAAGCUGCCCUCUGUCCAUCCCCCCACCUCCUGCAAAAGCCAGCCAAGAGCCGUGCGCUCUUUAAACGGAGCGCUGCUCUUGCGGUCUUUUCUAGGAGGUGGGAGAAGGACAGCCUGUCAGUGACGGGCUGCCCUUCUCCCUCCUUGGGGAAAAGCCUGCAAGAGCUGCGCGGAGCGUGUGUGCAGCUCUUGGGGGCUUUUCCCGCCUGCAUUUGCUCCAUAAGACACACACACAUUUCCCCUUACUUUUUAGGGUGGCGGGGAGUGUGUCUUACGGAGUGAAAAAUACGAUAUUUACAACCAGGUGAAGGUUUCCUUUUUGGAAUAAUAAGUUUUCAGAGUAGUUUUUACAGCUACAUCAAAAAUGACUGAUUUGGUUAUUCUAUUAGAAAUACACAGACCGAUAAUUAUGAAAGAAUUGUGAGGUUUAAUAGGUUGACUGUUUAUAUUUGGACAACUUCUCUGCUGUACUUUAUUGGAAGGAGAGAAAAAAAUCACUUAAGGGCCGUCGAAAACCCUCCUUCCUCCUCUCUGCCCAGGCUAUCCUGAAGCACAAGCUCCUCUCUCCCAUCCUGAACGCCCUCUUCCCCAUCAUGAGUGCGGAGCCGCCGCCGGGCCAGAUGGACGCGGAGGACGAGCAGACGGAGGAGGACAUCGAGGACAGGGCCGAAGUCCAGACUCCCAAGCACUUUGCAGCCCAGGUCCUCCGUGGGUGACGGCUUCUUCAGUCCCAGCAUGAUCCUGGCCUUACCCCCUGAGCAUAAGACUUCCCUUUCUCUCUUGGGACCCCAGUCUGGCCUUGUUUUCCGCUGAGGUGUCCUGGUUGGAUGCAGAAGGAUGGUGGGGGUCACCAGCUGGGGAACCCCCAAGGGAAGAAGGCUCAGAGCCUGGGGAGCCGUGGUGGGAUGACAAUGUGCGGUCGUAGAGAGAAGAGGGAGCAGACUGGGAAGAGGAGGUGUUGGAAACCGAAGAGGCGACAGGGCUUAGUGAGCUGGGGGAGUCUGUGGCAGAAAGAAGUGCAGAAUCAGAGGUAGAAGCUGAAGCAGGAGAGGAAGGGAGGCCAAGAGGCAGAGAUGGAACAGGUUGGUGAAGAGCCAUGGAUGUCUCACUCUCCUGCUGCAGCAAGCAGGUCUCUCUGCUGGUCUCCCAGAGCCAGAAGAGAGCUGAAAUAGGCAGGGCAGGGGCAGGCCAUAGUCUCAGAUUGCUUGGAAAAAGCCCCGGAAAGGAGGACACUUAGGAUGGCUGUGGGAAGGCGGGGAUUUUCCGUCUUGGCAACGGAUUCGUGAGACCAUACCUCCUAGGGAUGUGCUGCUGUGCCCAUUAGGCAUGAUGCUCAGCCAAGUCUGCGAAGAUUUAUGUUUGCACACUGGUACCUUGGUUCUUGAAUUUAAUCCGUUCCGGGAGUCAGUUCGACUCCUGGAACUGUCCGAAAACCAAGGCGCGGCUUCCGAUUGACUGCGGGAACUUCCUGCACUCAAGCGGAAGUCGCGUUGGACGUUCGGCUUCCAAAAAACGUUUGCAAACCGGAACACUCGCUUCUGGGUUUGCGGCGUUCGGGAGCCGACUUGUUCAGGAGCCAAGCCGUUCGAGAACCAAGGAACCACUGUACUAACAAACUCCAACUUUGACGAUGCGAUUUGCUGCCAGCUUUGACGCGGGUGGCGCUGUGGGUUAAACCACAGAGCCUAGGGCUUGCCAAUCAGAAGGUCAGCGGUUCGAAUCCCCGCAACGGGGUGAGCUCCCAUUGCUCGGUCCCUGCUCCUGCCAACGUAGCAGUUCAAAAGCACGUCAAAGUGCAAGUAGAUAAAUAGGUACCGCUCAGGUGGGAAGGUAAACGGCGUUUCCGUGCGCUGCUCUGGUUGGCCAGAAGCGGCUUAGUCUUUCUGGCCACAUGACCCGGAAGCUGUACGCCGGCUCCUUCGGCCAAUAAAGCAAGAUGAACGCCGCAGCCCCAGAGUCGUCCGCGACUGGACCUAAUGGUCAGGGGUCCCUUUACCUUUACCUUCUCUUUGACAAGGAUGUGCCUCUUGGAUUCGGACCAAGUCCCAGCAUGCCUCGGGCUUCUCCCUUCAGUGGGCAGCGUGCCUCUUCAACGUUCAAUCCCAGAAUUCCCUGGGCUCACUCUGGCCUCCCAGCAUACCUUGGGCUUCUCCCUUCAGUGGACGCCAUGCCUCUUCCACUUUCAAUCCCAGAAUUCCCUGGGCUCACUCUGGCCUCUCAGCAUGCCUUGGGCUUCUCCCUUCAGUGGGCGGCGUGCCUCUUCAACGUUCAAUCCCAGAAUUCCCUGGGCUCGCUCUGGCCUCCCAGCAUGCCUUGGGCUUCUCCCUUCAGUGGGCGGCAUGCCUCUUCCGUGUUCAAUCCCAGAAUUCCCUGGGUUCUCUCUGGCCUCCCAGCAUGCCUUGGGCCUCUCCCUCCUGAGUCUGGUCCUGCCUUGCCCUCUCAGGAGAGACCCCUAUUGGGGUCACCCCUUGCCCUCCUUUCUUUCCCAGCACCCCCCUCUUCUCAUGUUGUCCCUGUCUCUCCUCUAAACAGGUGGUGGACAUGCUGGCGUUGCACCUGCCCCCGGAGAAGCUCUUCCCCCAGCUGGUGAGUUUUUCCUGGCAACGUUAAGAGCGGAAUUGGAAAACCAGGUUUCAACAACAAGGCCUGGCUGUGUUUUGAGUCAUUUCGCAGAUGGUAAAAUAUUUUCUCUUCAUUCCAAGAUGAGGAUAAUUAAUCAAAUACAGGGUAAAAAAAUAGGAAUACUCGAACUGAAACCGUAAUGAGGUGGAAGGAAGUCAACAACGCAAUAAAUUGAAAAAGGAUUCAACCCAAAACAAAAAUUAUAAUGUAUAAACAACACCAACAUUGGUUUGAACUAUAUUAAGUACUACUUAUCAAUAGAUAGGUAUUUAUAUUGUCCAGGCUGUUAUUUUGACUUAGCCGUAAUUUUUUUCCCUUUUGUUUUAUUCUUCUUUUCUUAGAUAUUGCAUUGUAUAACUACAUUAGUAUAUAAAUCCUAAGAUUUCUUAAUAAUUUCAUUAUACAUAAGUCAAGAUCUAGGUCAGUAUAAGGACAAUUAUUGUAAGACAGAGAUAGGCAAACAUGCCCUCCAGAUGUUUUGAGACUACAAUUCCCAUCAUCCCUGACCACCUGUCCUGUUAGCUAGGGAUGAUGGGACUUGUAGUCCGAAAACAUCUGGAGGGCCGAGUUUGCCUAUGCCUGUUGUAAAAUGACUUUGUCUUAAUUUUUUUCUCUUUUCUUUUUCAUGUAUGCUUUUUCUUUUUGUUUGUUAUGUAUGUUUUUGCUAAUAAUAUAUGCAUAUAGAGAGAGGAAUUGGAAGUAAGGGCAGAAUUUUGAGGCGAUAUUUUUAAAACUCCCAUCUUCCUCCUCCCCAGACACCUCUGAUGGAGCCGGCGCUUCUCAGCACGAACCCUUAUCACCGCAAAGCUGGCCUGAUGUGCUUGGCAGUCCUGGCCGAAGGCUGUGGGGAUCACAUCCGACACAAGUACGUACUGCGGGGUGACAUUUUUUGGGGGUGCCUCGCUGCUGAGGCUCCUGCUGGUUUCAUUUUGCUGUUCCCUCUCAACUGUUGGGUUUCGCCUGCCGGGCUUUUCGGUUUAGAGAAAAGGCGUGUUAAAGGAGAUGGGAUAGAGAGAUCUGUGAAAAUUACUGUGUUUUUCGCUCCAUAAGAUGCACUUUUUCCCUUCUAAAAACAAAGGGGAAAUGCCAGUGCGUCUUAUGGAGCGAAUGCACUGGACCGCAGCCAUGGCUCCCGUCAGUCAAGCAAAGCGAGAGCCACUUAUAGGGCUUCAGUCCCGCUUUGCGCGGUUCUCCCUUUGCUUGCUUUACAGCGAGCUGGGAGGAGGCAGGCGAUUCAAAGCCAGCAGGCGCUUUUAAAAGCGGUGCGUAGCCAGCGACAGGUGCAGUAGCCUCAGCUAGCAAAGGUCUGUGCGCUCCCUAAACAGAGCAAUGAGGCUGCAGAGGGACGGCAGGGCAUAGGAAGGGUUGGAUCGGGAAGGAUAAAAUUUAAGCAACCAGCAGCAAAAAAACCCCAACCUCGAGCUCUGAGCCACGAGCGCAGUGAAAGUCAGGAGGUAAAAUAGGAAGGCUGCUGGGGACUGGAGGGCAGGGGAUGAGGGAGAGGGGAAAAUUACGCAAAUCCCCCCGCGUCUCAGCUGAUCCGCUGGCUCCUUGAGCCUGCACACUAAACAAACAUACAGCUCCUGUCCCUCUCAGUCUCACUCUGAUAUACCAGUAGUUUAUUAAAUAGUUUAGUACAACAUUUGAUUCAGAAUAUUUCCCCCAUUUUCGUCCUGCGAAAACUAGGUGCGUCUUAAGGUCAGGUGCACCUUAUGGAGCGAAAAAUACGGUACACGUGGCAUACAGAGUGAGAGCGGGAAAGGCAGGAAGUUUUUCUCCCUCUCUCGUAACACGCUGGGCCCCCAAGCAAAACUGAAUGUUGGGGGCUUAUCAGGACAGGCAUUUAAAAGAAAGUACUUUUUAAUAUAUAAAUAUUUUUUUAUUAAAUUUUCUGUUUUACAAUUUAGAAUAUUCAUUUAAACAUCCUUAAAAUAUCAGUGACUUCCCUUCUUCUCUUUCUACGGUUCAUAUUGCAUAUCAUAAAUCUCUGCAUAUUUUACAUAAACUAAACCAUUCAGUAUUCCAUUAUUACAUCCCUCAAAACCUAUUUACACUGUUGAAUUUAUCUUAAUGCUGCCAACGUUUUCAAGUGUACACAAUUUCCCCCCAUAUAUUCAAUAAAUGUUUUCCAAUCUUCUUUAAAUGUAUGUUCUUCUUGUUCUCUUAUUCUAUAUGUUAAGUCUGUGAGUUGUGCAUAUUCCAUCAGUUUAAGUUGCCAUUCUUCUUUAGCUGGGGCCUCUCUCAUUUUCCAUUUUUGGGUUAACAAAACACGGGCUGCAGUAGUGGCACACAUAAAUAUAUUUUUUGGACACCUGGGAAUUUCCGUCUGAUCCCCAACAAAAAGGAGUCGGGUUGUUUUUUGGAAAAGUACUUUUAAUUCCCCCCCCCCCAAUUCAUUAUAAAUUAUUUUCCGAUACUCUGUUACCCUUUUACAGGUCCACUCCAUAUGAAAGAAUGGUACAUAUGCAACGGUUCACAAGAAAGUACUUCUUUACACAGUGCACAGCUAAACUGUGGAACUCACUGCCACUGUUAACAAACUACAGUUCCCAGGAUUCUUUGGGGGGAGGGAAUCGUGUGAUGGGGAUUUAAGCUUCCUCUCACUCUUCCUCUGAAAUGCAGAUAGCCUGCCCUGUGCUAAAGCUGUUCUGUCUGAAUCUGGACUGCCACAGAUCUCCCUGUUAGAGUUCCUGAUCUAUGAUUGCAGUCAUGGGAUUUUUGUCUAUCACAUGACAGUAUAUGUUUUGACUCCACAAAGUGGGAAGUGAUGGAAACAGGAUGUUUGUGCUACUGUGUUUCGUGAAGUGGGACUAUUGUCCUUUGGUUUUUUUCUCUCUUUGCUGUCUGAUGCCAGAGAGAGAGGGAGCCGUGUUGCAGUGAUCCAUGUGUGUUUAUAUGUAAAUAAAGUAGAUUAGCCAAAAUGCUGAGGUCUGUCACGCGCAUGAUGUGCAAACUCUGCAGAUCCCUAUGUGUGCCGGUGUCGGUUGUCAUCGGUCGCUGUGAUGUUUGGGCUGAAGAAAGCUUAUGAAGCUCCCAAACGAUUGACCAGGAGGGAGGGAACGUGCCAGUCGGGCAUGUGUCUCUGCCAGGGUCCUACUCAAGUGUAGGCUGAAUUCCUGACACUCUCAUCUCUCUCUCUCUCUCUCUCUCUCUCUCUCUCUCUCUCUCUGUGUGUGUGUUUGUGUGUGUGUGUGUGUGUACAGUGGUACCUCAGGUUACAUACGCUUCAGGUUACAGACUCUGCUAACCCAGAAAUAGUACCUCGGGUUAAGAACUUUGCUUCAGGAGGAGAACAGAAAUUGCGCGGUGGUGGUGGUGGUGUGGCGGCAGUGGGAGGUCCCAUUAGCUAAAGUGGUACCUCAGGUUAAGAACAGUUUCAGGUUAAGAACAGACCUCCGGAACGAAUUAAGUUCUUAACCCGAGGUACCACUGUAUUUGAGCCUCAAAGCAGAUGUCAGCUGACACUUGAGCAAACCAAUACUAACCUUGAACCAACCGUCCCCUUGCAGGCACCUCCAGCCCAUGCUGCAAGUGGUGUGCCGGGCGCUGUCAGACGAGAGCCAGGUGGUGCGCAAUGCCGCCCUUUUUGCCCUGGGCCAGUUCUCUGAGAACCUGCAGGUGAGUCACGUUCGGGGAUCACUGGUAGGGGGCCGGGAUUGGAGGAGCUCAGGGCAAGCAGGACCCCGUGGUGUCUCCCUUGGCCUGUUAGGAUAUAGUUCCAUUCUGCCUUAAAAGGGUCAGGCAGGACUGUUGUGCAUCGCAUGCCUGUUUACUUCCAGCACAGUCUGCUGGGAACUUCCAUUGCAUGUUGCUUUUGCUAUACAGUGGUACCUCGGGUUACAUACGCUUCAGGUUACAUACGCUUCAGGUUAGAGACUCCGCUAACCCAGAAAUAGCGCUUCAGGUUAAGAACUUUGCUUCAGGAUGAGAACAGAAAUUGUGUGGUGGCGGCAGCGGGAGGCCCCAUUAGCUAAAGUGGUACCUCAGGUUAAGAACAGUUUCAGGUUAAGUACGGACCUCCGGAACGAAUUAAGUACUUAACCCGAGGUACCACUGUACUGCUGUUUUGCUGGAGACGAAGGGAAGCAGACAUGUUUUCCUCUGUUCCUGAACUAUGCUGAAUAAAAUGCUGUACAUUAUACUUCCAUAUUUCUCUGUCCGCCUCUUCUACUGCAAGAAGAUUUACGCACUCUGCUGACAGAGCGUGCAUGGGUCUCUAAACGUACCUGAGGCUCGUGUCACUAAUUGAUGCUGUUCCAAGGGAGACCGGCUGCCGGCCGGUGGCUGGAGCCAGCUGGGGGCCUGCCUGAUGCCCCCGUCUUCCCGGCAGUAUCCCACCAUGGCCAGGCCCCCACCUACCAGCCUUCUUAUUUCCAACCAGCCUGGCAAGUAGGGUGGGGGGGUGGACCCUGUCUGCUCCUUCCCCCUUAGGCACCCUGUGGCUCUUGCGCAACUCAGCAGAGGGGAAGAUGCGCCAAAGGUAGGGUGUAUUGGCUCCAUCUCGUAGAGGUCCGGUACACUUUCACUGCUCUCAGCUUCCUGGACUUGUAGCAGAACGAGCGCAGCAUGUGCUACUUUGUAUGUAAGCAUUCAGAAGCAUAGCUGUCAACUUUCAGAUUUGAAAAUAAGGGAUCAGCAGCCUCGAAAAUAAGGGAUCAGCAGCCUCACCUGUCCCGCGGAAAGUCUACGGGAUAUCUAACAAUCCGGGAUAGCACCAGGAAAGGGCACUGGAAUAAGGGAAUUUCCCGCAAAAAAAGGGAAGGUUGACAGCUAUGUGCAGAAGAGUCCAUAUGCUGUUUGUCUAAUCUAAACAGCUUUAUUGUAUGUACAGCAAAAUAAGCAAACCACCGGAAGCAGCAGACAUUGCUUCUUCCUUGUCUCAGCAGAAAAACAGGCUCUGCAAUCCAGGUAUUUUUCACACACCUGUCAUUGGCUCUGGCUGUGCCCGUCAACGGCUCUUGCCCCGCCUCUGCUUGCCAUUGGCAGUCUCUCUGCUUUCUGUCCCACCAGUCCCAAUGGUCAGCAGCCCACCGCUGGUCAGGAAGAAAUUUUACACACACCCAAGACACAGUUAGGGACACGGGUGGCGCUGUGGGUUAAAUCACAGAGCCUAGGACUUGCUGAUCAGAAGGUCGGCGGUUCGAAUCCCCGCGAUGGGGUGAGCUCCCGUUGCUCGGUCCCUGCUCCUGCCAACCUAGCAGUUCGAAAGCAUGUCAAAGUGCAAGUAGAUAAAUAGGUACCGCUCCGGCGGGAAGGUAAACGGCGUUUCCGUGCGCCGCUCUGGUUCGCCAGAAGCGGCUUAGUCAUGCUGGCCACAUGACCCGGAAGCUGGACGCCGGCUCCCUCGGCCAAUAAAGCAAGAUGAGCGCCGCAACCCCAGAGUUGGUUACGACUGGACCUAAUGGUCAGGGGUCCCUUUACCUUUUUAAGACACUGUUGGCAUCUGUCUCUCUUUUGAGACAAUGGAGUGUGCCUCCUGUCACCCGUUCUUAAGAGGAAACUUCGCUCGGACGGUGGCACAGCCCCAUGCCCACAAACUGGCAAAUUCUAGCCCUGAGCCCAUUUACAGUGGUACCUUGGUUGUCAGAUGGCUUGGCUCACAAACAAAUCGGCUUCCAAACGCCACAAAUCCAGAAAUAAGUCUUCCGGUUUGCAGAUUUUUUUUUGGAAGCUGAAUGUCUGACGCGGCUUCUGAUUGAGUGCAGGAAGAUCCUGCAGCCAGUCGGAAAGCAGUGUCUUGGUUUUUGAAUGGUUCCGGGACUCGAACGGACUACCGGAACGGAUUAAGUUCGACAACCAAGGUCCCACUGUAUUGUGAAAACUCUUGACUGCAGCCUUGGCUGAAAAACUGAGAGGAAAGAGUAGAUAAGCUUUUUAUUUCAUAGGUUGAGAGUUUGUGCUUCUGUAUCCCAGCGAUUUGCUGAUGCUAAAAGUAAAAUAAAAACCACCCCAAAUAAAAAAAUGCACUCUGCUUUUUGCAGUUUAUCAGUGUGGUCAAAUUUGUUGGAGAUGCACAAUAACUAACAUUCCCCCUCACCCAGUUUUAAAGGAAAAUUAUCAGGUUUCUGAGGUUACUGAGAGAACCAGUGUGUGUCUUUAAAAGGGGGGGAAAGGAGCAACCUUCCCCUCUGUUUUUCCAUUCCUGUCUCUCUUUCCCAAGCCCGACAUCGCCCGUUACUCGGAUGACAUCAUGCCUCUGCUUCUGCGCUACUUGGAAGGCGUCCAGUUGGCCCACACGAGUCACAUGGCCAAAGCUUACUACGCCCUGGAGAACUUUGUGGAGAAUCUGGGUGAGGAUUCCUGACCGGUUGGGCUGGCUUUUUCCAACCCCACCCCCCAUUUCCGCCCUGAACCCUGAGCAUGCAGAGCCCAUAACUUAGGCCACGUUCGCCCCUUGCAUUUAAAGCACCGCCAUGCCACUUUAAACAAUCACAGCUUCCCCUUCCUAAAAGAAUUCUGGGAGCUGUAGUUUGUCAAGGGUGCUAAGGGAACUACAAUUCCCAGGGGGAUGUAAUGAUCGGUCCCUCGUCCCAGAGCACUCUGGGAACUGUAGUUCUGUGAGGGGACUUGUGGGGCAGGGAAUCUCCGAACAGCUCUUGGGACCCUUAACGAACUACAGUUCCCAGGAUUCUUUGAGGGGGGAACCAGGGCUGUUUAAAAGGGUGUUUUUAAACGGACGUGGCCUUAUUUUAUUUCGAUCGGCUCUGAGUGGCCACAGCUGGCCCUGCCAAUGCAGGGAAGAUCUCCCAGGCCAGUUUAAUUGAUGAAUUAAUCUCUGCCGUUUGGAACAGACCCUUUUGAUUGGACUGCGUUUCAUUUUAUUGCCAUUUUUCAUUCGUGGAGUGACUUAAAUCUCCCAAGAGCCCCACAAGGUAGAUUGAAAGCUCUGGUGGAAUGGUUUGCCUGAGGCCUCCCUUGCUGAGGGAGGCUCUGAACCCGGCUCCAUCUCUUUGACUGUUUACUCACUACCUGACACUGCCUGUUUUUUUCCAUGGGGUAGCCCCAGAGCAGCUUCCUCCCUCGCCCACCAUCCCGACCUGCCUUGUCGCUACAUACCGUAUUUUUCGCUCUAUAGGACACACCUUUUCCCCUCCAGAAAUUGAGGGGAAAUGUUUGUCCAUCCUAUGGAGCGAAUGCAGGCUCCUUGGCUUCAGCGAAAGCAACGUGAAGCCUCCAAAGCUCAGAGGGAGUGCUCCGGAGGCUACGCAUUGCUUUUGCUGAAGCCUGGAGAGCGAGAGGGGUCGGUGUGCAAAGUGCACUGUGCUCCAAAGGCUUCGGGGUUAGCUGCGCAAAGCCUCCGCAGGGCAGCGGGGUGCCUUCAUCCCUCUGCCCUCCGGUGGCUUCGCGGGCUGUCCCAAAAGCCUCCACAGGGCACGGGGAUGAAGGCUCCCCGUGCCCUGCGGAGGCUUCACACAAAGCUAGACCAGCUAUCCCAGCGGCUAUCCCAGAAGCCAGAACAGCAAGCGGCUAUCCCAGAAGCCAGAUCCCUCUUGCUGUUCUGGCUUCUGGGAUUCAGAUUUUUUUUUUCUUGUUUCCUCCCCCCCAAACUAGGUGCUUCCUAUCGUCUGGUGCGUCCUAUAGAGCGAAAAAUACUGUAUUUCUCCUCUUAGGGCCUGCAGGAUCCGUUCCCCCUUCUCCUGCCGCCUCCCAGAUGUUGUGGCGCUCCCAGUGCAGCCAGCAGUUGGUGACGGCGGGAGUUGUAGUCCAAUGACAUCUGGACGCCACCAGGCUGCUUUAACUCCUCAGCCCCUGGUGCUGGCGACAUGUACAGCGAGGGGGGAAAGUAUUCGAUCUCCUGCUAAAUUUGCCCGUUUGCCCUCUGACAAAGAAAUGACCAGUCCAUAAUUUUAAUGGUGGGUUUAUUGUCGCUGUGAGAGACAGAAUAACAACAGGAAAACCCCCAGAAACCCAGAAAGAUCUCUGGGCAAAAGAUCUCUGCAGGUCCGGAGGGUGGCAACACAAGAACGGGGCCUUCUCUGCGGUGGCUCCCCGUCUGAGGAAUGCUCUCCCCAAGGAAGUUCGCCUGGCGCCUUCAUUACACACCUUUAGGCACCAGGCAAAAACGUUCCUUUUUAACUAGGCCUUUGGUUGAUCUGAUUUACAUCCUAUGCCCUUUUAAACUGUGUUUUUUUUGUGAGGUGGGGAGGCUAUUGGGUUGUUGUUGCAAUUAUUAUUAUUAUUAUUAUGUAUUUCAUGGUUUUAUAUCUUAAUUUUAUUCUGUGAACUGCCCUGAGACCCCCGGGUAUAGGGCGCUAUAUAAAUCCAGUAAAUAAUAACAAUAAUAAUUUGUGAGUGGUUGUACUUGAUGACCCUCGCCAUCCCUUUAGACCUUUGCACCUAUGGGAACGCCUUUCCCAGUAUGCCCCAUGGAGGUCCUUAAGGUCCAUAAAUAGCAACACCCUAGUGGUCCCGGGCCCUAAGGAAGUCAGAUUAGCCUCAACCAGAGCCAGGGCCUUUUCAACACUGGCCCCGGCCUGGUGGAACGCUCUGCCUCAUGAGACCAGGGCCCUGCAGGAUCUGAUUUCUUUCCGCAGGGCCUGUAAGACAGAGUUGUUCCGCCUGGCCUUUGGCUUGGAGUCAAUUUGAUUCCCUCCCCCUCUUUCUUUUUCCUUUCUCUUCCUGCGAUGAGGCUACAUUUUAAUGUUGUAUUUUAAUCUUGUUUUUUAAGUUGUAUUUCAAUCCACUUGUUUUUAUUAUUGGUUGUUAGCCGCCGUGAGCCCGGCCUUGGCUGGGGAGGGUGGGGUAUAAAUAAAAUUGAUUAUUAUUAUUACAAUUCUAUGAUUCUAUGUUCCCCUAUCACCCCGCCACCAUUUCUCUCUCUCUCUCUCUCUCUCUCUCUCUCUCUCUCUCUCUCAUAUAUCGGUCCUUUUUUCUUCCUUGUAGAAGGCAAGAUCUCCCCCUACCUCCCGGCCCUGAUGGAGCGGAUGUUGACCACCUUGAGCUCCCCUGGCAGCCCCCGCGUCAAGGAGCUGGCGGUUAGCGCCAUCGGUGCCAUAGGUAUGCGCACACCUGGAGAUGGACCCUUGGCCUUGAAUCUUGGAGAAGACAGAUCAGACGCUGUAUUAUAAUUGGGGGGGUAGCGUCCCUGGAAGAAGGAAGGCCCAUUCACUUCACCCACCACCAGCCAAUGAUCCUUAGGAGCACGGAGGGGGUUGCUAGUGGGCUCACGAAGAUGAAACCCUGAGCUUCGUCGGAAGGGCAGUCCCGGGCGCCAUUUGUCCAGGCCUGCGGUGGUGCGGAAAUGUCUGUUCCGCCCAGGUAGCGAGCAGAAUUAAUUGUCGCAGGAGCAGGUGAUGGAGAGAGAGCGGCAGGCCAUAGCUGUCAACUGUCCCUUAUUUGGCGGGACAAUCCCUUAUCCCAGCGCCGUGUCCCGCUGCUGUCCCUUAUUGAUGAUGUCCCUUAAAUUUCCCAGGUUUCAAAGGAAGCAGCUCCUCUCCCUCACUCCCUACCGGCCAGGGAGGAGGGAGGCUCCAGCUGUGUUGCUUGGCUGCGUUGCUCACCCAAUAAGGAGUCUAAGAACGACUGGGGGUGGAGCUUGCACGCCUUGUGUCGAUCAAAUCAGCCGCGUUGCUCAGCGCUUCCCAGCAGAGAGGUGACGGUGGUUCCCCUUGCUGCAUCCCCUUUGCCGGGUUGCUGCGCUGUGGGAACCACCGCUUCAGGCUUCGUUUGGCUGCUGGUUGACUAAAAUCCCUUAUUUUGGCUGCUGAUCCCUUAUUUUCGAGGCUGCUGGUCCCUUAUUUUCAAAUCUGUAAGUUGACAGCUAUGCGCCAGGCGCAUAAAUUCCUACCAAAUACAUAUUCUCCCCCUGAAGUUUAAUUUGGACUAUUAACAUUCUCCCUUUUCUUGUCUUUGCUAAUCAAUUUGGGCUCUAGUGCUGGUUUAAUGUAAAAGACUACACCUUGUUUUUUGGUAUCGUCAGCAGUGAUAAAAUCCAUCCCUAAUUUUUUAUUUAUUAGGACUCUCUGAUUUUUUUUUGCUAUAUGUGUCUCUUGUAGGCAAAUUACUGUAUUUUCUGCUCCAUAAGACACACUUUUUUCUUCCUAAAACGUAAGGGGAAAUGUCUGUGUGUCUUAUGGAGCGAAUGCGUGGUCCCUGGAGCCGAAUUGCCCAGGGGCAAAAAGCAGAUCAUGCUUUUUUUUAAAAAAAGAAGAAAAAAGAAGGAAGUGGGUGUUGAAACCAAGCCGCUGAUCGGCAAGUGAUCGGGAGCGAGAUAAGGGAUGCUACUAAUAAAGGAGGCUGCCUGGGAGGAGGGAGGUAAAGACAGUGAACUUGCAAGGAGAGGAGACAGGAAGACUAAAGCAAUAAGGAGAGAAAUUAGAAGAAAAGGAGGAGCAAAAAACUGCUCCCGCUAAGGAAAAGACACUAAGGCCAACAAGAGGGAAGGGAGUGUUGAAAGGAAGCAGCUGAUCGGUAAGGGAUUGGGAGGGAGAUAAGGGAUGCUAGCGAUAAAGGAGGCUGCCUGGGAGGGGGGAGGUAAAAGCCCAUGGAUCCUCAGGAUUUUUACAUUGGGUCACCCCAAAUUCACCAUCAGAUCACAUAGCAUGUCCAUGGCUACAGCCUGCACCCAAAAAAUCACGCAUCCACUGUUUCGUGGGGCCGCAAUGGCACAAAAACAUGGUUAGAAAGCACGGAUCCACGUGGAUUAUCAACUUCUCUUAAGAUAGGUCUACUCGCUGCUGCACCUUCUUCUUGUGCAGGCCAUUCUGUUGCCAGCCUUUGCUUUUCCAGAGGAGUAUUUUGGGUUCCUAUCAGAAUUAAGUGGGUGGCGCCUUGCCACACAAACACAGCCUAGAUCUGGCAGGACCUGGAAAUUCUGGGUCUGUUCCCUGGGUGCAAAGCUUACCCUCCUCUCUCCAGCCCAGGCCGCCCGGGGAUCCCUCUUGCCAUACUUCCAAGCGAUCAUGGAUCACCUGACUGCAUACCUGCUCACCACCCGGGAGGAUCUGAGGCCGGUCCAGAUCCAGUCUGUGGGUAAGUGAGAUUUUCCCCCUACCCCCUUCUCUCUUCAAAGUUUGUUGUGGUUUCGUCGUCAUUUAGUCGUGUCCGACUCUUGGUGACCCCCUGGACCAGAGCACGCCAGGCACUCCUGUCUUCCACUGCCUCCCGCAGUUUGGUCAAACUCAUGCUGGUAGCUUCGAGAACACUGUCCAACCAUCUCGUCCUCUGUCGUCCCCUUCUCCUUGUGCCCUCCAUCUUUCCCAACAUCAGGGUCUUUUCCAGGGAGGCUUCUCUUCUCAUGAGGUGGCCAAAGUCUUGGAGCCUCAACUUCAGGAUCUGUCCUUCCAGUGAGCACUCAGGGCUGAUUUCCUUCAGAAUGGAGAGGUUUGAUCUUCUUGCAGUCCAUGGGACUCUCAAGAGUCUCCUCCAGCACCAUAAUUCAAAAGCAUCCAUUCUUCGGUGAUCAGCCUUCUUUAUGGUCCAGUUCUCACUUCCAUACAUCACUACUGGGAAAACCAGAGCUUUAACUAUACGGACCUUUGUUGGCAAGGUGAUGUCUCUGCUUUUUAAGAUGCUGUCUAGGUUUGCCGUUGCAAUUUUGAGCUGGUCACACUUUGCGGUCCUGUUGAACUCGUUGUGACUGGCUUCUGAGCCAACUCACUUUAGGGAUCAUGAAGGGAAAGAAAAAUAAGCAAGGGUCUGUUUCUGUGCAGGUUUAGCUCAGUCAAUAGAGCCCGAGGCUUGGGCUUGGGUUUGAGCUUCACUUCAGGGGAAAGAUUCCCUCGUUGCCGGGGGUUGGACUCGAUGAUCCCUGGGGGUCCCUUCCGACUCUACAAAUCUGUGCUCAUUCUCUUUGCCCAAGAAGGGGGCGUUUUAAAGCUCCAUUUAAUUGCUGGCUCGUUUCUAAGGUCUCCUCUGAGCAUUUGAAAUCGCCCUCAACAGGGUUUCUUAAGCAGCUAUGUGAUACGGAAAUUCAACAGGCAGAGCUUCCUUCCAAGGAAAUAAUAAUAAUAAUAAUAAUAAUAAAUUUAUUUAUACCCCGCCCAUCUGGCUGGGUCUCCCCAGCCACCGUGGGCGGCUUCCAACAAAGUAUUAAAAUACAGUGCUCUGUUAAACAUUAAAAACUUCCCUAAACAGGGCUGCCUUCAGAAAGCCUUCCCGGUUGAAUUUCGGGUUGUUACGACACAGCUGCUAAAAAUAACAAAGCCUGCCUUGAGAGUCAAGAUGGCAAACCUGUCAAAGCGCCCACUUGGAAUAGCUGGGUAAUUUAGUUUUCCUCACGAACGCCGCCUCGACGGUCAGCAGGCACAGGGUUGGGUAUAAAUCGCUAGAAUUGCUAUUAACGGGGGAAUGCGGAGCAGGUGGGGAACGCCGCCAUUUCCCAGAAGCCUCUGCUGCUCACGCCUCGCCCUCUGCUUCCCCCGCAGAGACUCUGGCCGUCCUCGCCAGCGUCAUGGACAGGGAGGUCUUUCUGCCGCUGGCCAACAAAUGCUGCCAGCUAGGGCUGGAGCUCUGCGACAAAGUGGACGAUCCGGACUUGAGGCGGUGCACGUAAGUCAAACCGGGCGGCGUCCGCUCCCGAUGGGAACGUUAGGACCCAGCAUCCUCCUCGCAGCUGACCUUGGCGGAGAUUUGUAGUGGAAGGUUUUUGGGGAAGGGGCCCGUUGCUUGAGAGUUGAAUUCAGAUUUAUUUAUCUGCUGCCUUUCCACAACGAGAGGCAGCCAGAGCAUCGCUGACAGACGCCCGCUUCUUAUCAAAGUGCAAAACUUUGAAGGGCGGAGGGCAAAGAAGCAGUUUACAAAGCGGAUCGAGGAAUGCGAAGGAAAGCAAAAACAGGCGGUUUAGCAAGCAUGGAACGAAUCCAGCAUUGCAGAAGAUGUAAUCUGGGCCACCUCCACCUCAUACGUUUAAAGCAAGAUUAUAUCAUGGCUGCCCUCCCCAAGAAUUCUGGGAGCUGUAGUUUGCCAAGGGUGCUGAGAGUUGCUAGGAGAUUCCUGCGCCCCGUUCUCCUCGCACAACUACAUUUCCCAGAGUUCCCUGCGAAAAGGGAUUGAUGGCUGAACCACUCUGGGAAUUGUAGUUCUCUGAGGGGAACAGGCAAAAAGUUGAGGCUUAAAUGGUUAAAGUGAGAAUGAAAGUUGGGGAAGAAGAAGAAGAAUUUUAUUAUUUGUACCCCGCCCAUUUGGCUGGGUUUCCCCAGCCACGUGGGAAGGCCACGAGAGCCAGGGUUAUGUGAUAAAUGGCACAAGCCGGCCUUCGCCUCAGAUGUUUGGGACUACAACUCCUAUCAUCCCCCAACCAACACAGCUGGUGACUCUUGAGUUAUAGAUGCAUUUAUCUCCUCUUGGAAGAAGCCUCUCUGCCACUAUUGAUCAUACGCCCUUGGGAUGUUGGGGGAUGAUUGGAGUCGUCGUAAAAAUAUCUGGGAGGCUGGCAAAAAAACAAACCACUCUCGUGAAUUUUGGGGUUUCUGGCCAAGAGAGGCAAGCUUCGCAUCUGCCACCUCAACCUGUUUUAAAAUGGAGGCCAGUGAGACACACAGGAGCUCAAAAGAAUCCUUUCUUGCGCCAGGUACAGCCUUUUUGGGUCUCUCGCGACCGUCCUGGAGGACGCCAUUGAGCCGUACCUGCCUCGCAUCACCACUCUUAUGAUCUAUUCUCUCAAAUCCACAGAGGGCGUUGAGGUGAGCAUUUUGGCAUCUGCUUUCGUGGGCUGAGACUCCUGUCAUCAGAAGUCAGUGUAUACUCCCCCCACCCCACCCCAUUUUUAUUUAUUUUUUUAAAGUCGUAACAAUAGGCUUCAAACAAAUUUAAAGGGUAUAACGCCACUUUGCCCAUUGCUAGGUAAAGGUAAAGGGGCCCCUGACCAUUAGGUCCAGUCUCGGACGUCUCUGCGGCGCUCAUCUCGCUUUAUUGGCCGAGGGAGCCGGUGUACAGCUUCCGGGUCAUGUGGCCAGCAUGACUAAGCCGCUUCUGGCGAACCAGAGCAGCGCACGGAAACGCCGUUUACCUUCCCGCCGGAGUGGUACCUAUUUAUCUACUUGCACUUUGAGGUGCUUUCGAACUGCUAGGUUGGCAGGAGCAGGGACCGAGCAACAGGAGCUCACCCCGUCGCGGGGAUUCAAAUUGCCGACCUUCUGAUCGGCAAGUUCUAGGCUCUGUGGUUUAACCCACAGCGCCACCCACGUCCACUGCCCAUUGCUUCAAUGCUAUAAAAUGGUCCCAAUAUGCAUUAUUAAUACACAUUACUGCCUUGCUGGCUCAUUAAAUGUUUGCAUGCUUAAAACCUAAAUGUGUCCAUAUUCCUGGGGGCAGGGGAGGCAUUGGAAACUGGUCUGUUGGGGCAAAUGGACCACUUCUCCAAUGAUCCUGGCUUAUUCCCCUGCCCCACCAAUCUACCUUCUUGCGUCCCCUGCCCUUUGUCUCCCUGCUUUCCACCCCACCGGUCCCAAGGGGCACAAAUGACCUGUGUUGUGUGCAAGAGAGAGAAGCUGUAAACUUUGAGACCUCAGUGCUGUGACCUGUAAGCAGAGAGGUUUGUGACGCUCAGUAUCGCGGCGGCUGCAGCUGCCUAGUUUUCUAGCUUUUCUGGGCUUCCUGAGCUCCUGGGUGGCUGCAGAGUCGAACGAUGAGCAUUGCAAGACAGUUCAUAUUCUCCCGCAUCUUAAAAUGACGCCUCUUGUGUCUCCUAAUCGCCUCCUCGCCUCUCCUGCAUUUGUCGUCUGCUCUGCCCAGUCUCACGGUGGAACUGGAAACUCCUUCCUCCUGUUUGACGAUGAGGAAGAGGACGAGGCGGAGGUGGAAGGAGAGGAGAGCCUGGACGAAGACGAAGACGACAACUCUGAGCUUUCGGGGUAGGUGACCAUUGUGGGAGGGAUUUUAGGAAGGCCGGCAUCUCCCUUGUUUUGGGAGGGGAUGUUCCAGGUGAGAGGCACAAAGCCAUAUUUAAACGAUCCUCCCUCAGAAAAACAAAAACCCUCUGGUUUCAUAGCCUGUAGCAGGCCGCAGGAUGAGCCCUUCGUGUUUCAGAAUCCUUCCUUGGCAUCCAUGUGGACUGGAAACUUAACUCUUUAAAUAAGCAAAGGUGGAAGUUUUUUAAAAGGCCAUUUUGGUGGCAUUUUUUUUUUUUUUGAAAAACCCUUGAUGUAGAUGUUAGCUCUCUGAAGACUGAUGGAAUUUGAUUUGGGAGAUUUAUGGCCCUGGAGAGAUGGAUUUAGGCGUAAAAGCUGAGAAAUUCGUAACUUUGAGAGGCCAUCUCUGAAGUCGCCGGCGGUGCUUGUCUGCUUGGUCUCACUCUCCCCAAGAUUGUGUAGCAACCUUUCUCCUGACACUGAUUUUGCGUAUGCAGUGGGUUUUAUUUAUUCGGGAGCUUUUAUUGUAUGGAGGCUCAACCCAACAUGUGAGCCCCCCAAAAAACAAUCUAUAAAAUGGGGCACCUCAAAUUCAGGUUGAUCCCCUUCAGAAUGGGUCCCAGGCUCCUUAAAAGCCACCUGAGCCCCUUAUAUCCCAGCCGGAUUGCUGAAAUCAUCCGGAGGAGCACUGUUAGUUGUCCUCAACCAAAAGUCAAGCAUUUAGUGUCUCUACUCCCAUGCUGUGGAGAGCUCUUUCAGCAGAGAUUUGGCAGGCUGCCCUUGCUUUUGACUCCCAGGCGUCUCUUGAGAACGUUUUUACGCCAACAGGCCUACGCAGCUGACAUUUCUUCUUGAGCAGCCAGUUCAUUUUAGCUAUUGUUUAGCAUUUCUUUGAGAGGUUUUUACAUUGCUGCCCACCACCAGGAUGUCUGGCGAGACUGAGGGCAGGAUGUAAGUACAGUGGUACCUCAGGUUAAGAACUUAAUUCGUUCCGGAGGUCCGUUUUUAACCUGAAACUGUUCUUAACCUGAGGUACCACUUUAGCUAAUGGGGCCUCCCGCUGCCGCCACCACACAAUUUCUGUUCUCAUCCUGAAGCAAAGUUCUUAACCCGAGGUACUAUUUCUGGCUUAGCGGAGUCUGUAAGCUGAAGCAUCUGUUACCCGAGGUACCACUGUAAUUAAGUAUAAUUUAGGCCUUGGAGAAUGCUCUAGGCGUGAGAUUCUGUCUUGGGACUUGAAUAUCUGAGUUUGUUGUUUGUGAGGAGGCUAAUCCCAAAUUUCCUCUCCCCCCCCCCCCCCGCUUCCGGUUCUCUUGCAGGUUGAACGUGGAAAGCGCCUUCAUGGAUGAAAAGGAUGACGCCUGUGUGGCUCUGGGAGAGAUUGCCACCGGAGCAAGGUAUGACCGUGUGUGUGUGUGUGUGAGAGAGAGAGAGAGAGAGACUCAUUUUGUGCUGGAGUGGUUUGGAGACCACCAGUGUGACUGACCCAUCGGUAACAGACCUUGGGGUAUACAGACCCUUCUCAGGAAUUGGUGACAAGAGGAGAAGCUUCUGCUCUUUAAAAACCUGAAGCGCCCCUUAGGGGCAGUUGGUGGGAGGAGGGGGAGCAGCAGGGACACCCACCCCUUAAAAAGAUUUUAUAUGGAGAUUUUAAGAUUUUAUAGGGAAGUGUAGUGUUUAGGAAGUUUUUAAUAUUUAAUGCUGUAUUGUUUUUAAUACUUGAUUGGAAGCCGCCCAGAGUGGCUGGGGAAACUCAGCCAGAUGAGCGGGGUAUGUAUGUAUGUAUGUAUAAAUAAAUAAAAAAAAUGUUAUUAUUAUUAUUAUUAUUAUUAUUAUUAUAUCCAGCCCAACAAAAUAUCAAGAGGAAAACACACAGCAGGGCGAUCUGAAACUGGCUUGUGUUGACAAACAGAAGUGUGUUCAGUAGAUGUUUGGAGCAGAUCCCAGUUGGUGUCCUCGGGCGUCCAAAAAAAAUAAAUCUGAUUUUGCUUAUGUGACGGCAGUGGGAUUAGAGGGGUCUGCACAGGGAAGGGUGCUCCGUCAAGUAUCCUCGUAUCCUCACAUGAGCGCAGGUCCUUCAGCGCAGGGCAAGGCACUGUGUCUACCUGGCUCCUGCCCUUUGACCCUUGUGACUGGGCUGAUGGGAAUCGGAGUCCAGCGGCAUCGUCCGGUGAGGCAGAUAUUCCCCACCCCAGAGCUCUCCCCAAGUAGAGACGAGAGCUUAGAUCUCACACUAACCUUUUCCCCCACUUUCUUUUUGUCUCCAUCUCUUUUUUUUUUUUGAGUUUUAUUUAUUUAUUAACAUUCUUAUGUUACAUUGGUAAACAUUAUAUUAUAUCACAAGGCUUAUUAUAAUUUUCAGCAUGUAUACAAAGUUUAUAUACCUAAAGAAAAGAAACAAGGACAAAAAACUAUUCCAAAAUGAUAUAUAUACCAACGCUUUGGACUUCCUGUCCAUCCCGUUGUAUAUUCCUUUUUUACAAAUGAAUGUACUCUUAUUAUUGUAUAUUUCUUUACAUUUUAUGUAAUACAUCCCUAUAUCAAUAUGUACCCUUGGUCUUAUUUCUCAACUCAGUCUCUCUCCAGCGUCAAUCGAAUGCUAGCAUAGAUAGCAAACCUUGACUGUAUUUUUGAACAUAUAUAUUCUAUCUAUCCCACUUUCCCAUAAUAUUUUGUUUUGAAUUGCCUCUCAGGCUAUUUGUCAACUGCGCCAUUUCAGCAAAUUCUUGUAGCUUGUUAUGCCAAUCCAUUAUUGUCGGAACUUCUUCUUCCUUCCACCCCUUUGCCACCAAAGUCCGAGCUGCAGCCGUUGCAUAUAAGAAUACCUCCCCAAAGGCAUUUGGGAUGUCCCUGCCAACAAAACUUAACUUAACUCUUUUUGUCUCCAUCUCAGCGUGGUCUUCCUGCCUUUCUUGGAAAAAUGCUUCCAGGAAGUCUUUGUGCUCUUGGAGGUAAUGGGGGGGCCGGGGGGGGAGUAUGUUCGGGGAAAGUGGAGCAGGGGGCAAACUUUGGCGGGGGAAAGGAGAGGCUUGGACCUGGAAAGAGGGGAGAGAUGUUUUCUGGACACCUGUAGGGCAGCAGUCCCUUACAGAAGCUCCGUUAUACUGAAUCAGGCAGUGAUAAACAGCUCUUGCUGUCAGAAAGUUCUUUCUGAUGUUGAGUCGGAAUUCCUUUCCGGCAACUUGAAUCCAUCAUUUGGAGCGGGAGAAAACAAGCUGGCUGAAGCUUCCAUGUGGCGAUCAUAUCUCCUUCUCAGCCUCCUCUUACCCAGCUGCCUCAACCGUUCCUCAUCAGGCUUGGUUUCCAGACCUUUGAUCAUCUUGGUUGCCCUCCUUCACACCUGCCAGCUUGUCAAUAUUCUCCUGCGCCCAGAACUGCGCCCAGAACUGGACACAGUAUUCCAGGUGUGGUCUGGCCAAGGCAGAAUAGAGUGAGACUAUUACUUCCCAGCGGGUGGCGCUGUGGGUUAAACCACAGAGCCUAGGACUUGCCGAUCAGAAGGUUGGCGGUUCGAAUCCCCGCGACGGGGUGAGUUCCCGUUCCUCGGUCCCUGCUCCUGCCAACCUAGCAGUUCAAAGCACGUCAAAGUGCAAGUAGAUAAAUAGGUACCGCUCCAGCGGGAAGGUAAACGGCGUUUCCGUGCGCUGCUCUGGUUUACCAGAAGCGGCUUAGUCAUGCAGGCCACAUGACCCGGAAGCUGUACGCCGGCUCCCUCGGCCAAUAAAGCGAGAUGAGCGCCGCAACCCCAGAGUUGGUCAUGACUGGACCUAAUGGUCAGGGGUCCCUUUACCUUUAUUACUUCCCUUGAUCUGGGCAUUAUACUUCAUAUAUUUUUUAGGAAAUUCGCCAAAAAAUCAUCUUCCAACUGUCAGAUUUUCCAAGACGUUUGAACUGAUUUCGAAAAAUUCUGCUUGGACACUAUUUCUGGCAGACGAAUCCCGGAUACGUUCAGACGUAUGGCAGCCCUAAAUUUAGGGACCUGGAAUAAGUGCAAGUGGGUGGUUAUAAUUCUUCACGGAUGUAUGACCCUCUGCACUCAUCACAGGAUGAUUUACAGCUGAAACGGGGUUGAUAAACAGUACCUCAAAAAGCUCCACAGCUUAAGAGCGGUUCAAAAGCAAUACAGAACGAGAGCAGCAACGGUGGAUAACAUUUUACUCCAGCUUGAACCAAAAAUGCGCACAGUUGCUUCCGGACAGUGCCGCUAGGGGGCGCCUGUCGUAUCUCAGUAGGGAUGGUAUGGUGCAGAACGGGGGCUGCCACCCUGGAGGCCCUGCUCUGUGUUAACUGUGGCACGGGCUUCUGAUAUUUGGGGGGGCUUUAAGGAGAAAGGGUCUGUAAGGGAUGGAUGCCGUCUCUCGGGUAGCCUGGUCCUCAGCUGUGCAGGACGUUUUCUUUGUUAGUGGUAGCAAAGCGGAUGUAAGGGCCACAGCAAAAGGCCUGACUCCUCCUUCUCUUCCCAGCAUCCCAACAUCAACGUCCGGAAAUCUGCUUUCAACACCCUGGGACAUUUCUGCAUCUCCUUACACCGGGUUUGCGAGCGGGAUCCGUCCGAACCUCACAGCGCCGGUGAGUGACCUCAGGGAUGGUGUGUUUGUUUUUUAACUGCGUUGGUCCAAGAAUGACCUUGAAGCACGACUUUGACGCAGGAAGAACCUACCUUAGCAAAAGGAGCAGAGGAGCCCGCAAAUUAGGGGUGGGACACAAACUGCAGAAGGCUCAGACGGACAAUAUAUAGCUUGGAAGGUUUGCAGCAGCACAGGAAGUUGCCACGUGCAACUGUUGAUCUGUUAUACAGUGGUACCACGGGUUAAGUACUUAAUUUGUUCCGGAGGUCCGUUCUUAACCUGAAACUGUUCUUAACCUGAAGCACCACGUUAGCUAAUGGGGCCUCCCGCUGCCACCGUGCCGCCAGAGCCCGAUUUCUGUUCUUAUCCUGAAGCAAAGUUCUUAACCUGAAACACUAUUUCUGGGUUAGCGGAGUCUGUAACCUGAAGCGUAUGUAACCCGAGGUACCACUGUAACAAAUUUCAAGGUGCACACACAUAGGAGCACACACUCUCCAGAAAACCAACCUUUCACCCUUCAAAAAUUGCCGUAUUUUUUGCUCUGUACGACUCACUUUUCCCCUCCUAAAAAGUAAGGGGAAAUGUGUGUGCAUCUUAUGGAGCGAAUGCAGGCUGCACAGCUAUCCCAGAAGCCAGAACAGCAAGAGGGAUUGCUGCUUUCACUUCACAGCAAUCCCUCUUGUUGUUCUGGCUUCUGAGAUUCAGAAUAUUUUUUUUCUUGUUUUCCUCCUCCAAAAACUAGGUGUGUCUUGUCUGGUGCGUUUUAUAUAGGGAAAAAUACGGUAGAAAAUAUUCCGGAGGGGGUGGGGAUCACUUGAUUUGAGCUCACAGAGCAAUCCCAAAGCCACCUUGGCUCUCUUAAUUUUCUCUGCAAUAGAAGGAAGUGUCUUUGAAAAACCUUUCUUUUCGCUUAUAAAUCCUGUAAACAGAGAAAUUUACUGAAGUGAAUGGGCCACUGUCCAGCAACUAUCCUUCAAUGCGAGUCAAAAGAGCAGCUUUUAUGUAUGAAUGAGGCUGAUCUGUGAAAUGGAUUCAUGAACCAAAAUUAUUGCCAUCUCAAAAGAAUGGCCCAAACUGGCCAAGAUAAGGCAACCGGCAAAUAUUAUCAGGUAUCUUGGCAGACAGGAGACAAGCCACACACUCAAAUUUCUGCCUCUUACUGUGACGGUUGUACGGUGCUUUUUGGUGGUCUUUGGGCUGGGCAAUUUCUGAAGUCUUUGCACACCUUUGUUCUGGGUCCUGUCGUCCUUGCAAGCGGGGAGGGAACUCCGUGGCAACAGGGAAAUAAAGACCUGCCUUGCUUUUUGCUGGAUCCUGCCUCCAUCCAUUCUCCUCUGACCCUUAAUGGGCUUGGGAGUCCCUUGCUGGGGAGCUGGGCUGUAAAAGCCAACCCCGGAAUUUUAUUAUAACAAGUCCAUCUUGUCUCGCCUACCCUGACUGGCUGCCGCAGUUGUCCGGAUAUUCGACCCGGCAUCUUUCCCUGCCGUACGUGAAGGUGCCAUCGGGGACUGAACCCGGGCCCUGCCAUUGAGCUAAGAGUAAAACAAGAUUCUAGUCUUCUUGGAACUGGAGAAGGGCUGGCGUAAACAGUAACGUAGGAAGCUGUUGUCUAUGAAGUCAGACCAUCUUGUCUGCACCGACUGCCAGGAUUUCAGGCAGGGAAUCUUUUUACCUGAAGUUGCCGUGGGGAAUCAAAUCUGGUGCCUUCUGCUCCGCCAACCAAUCUCUGGCCCGUCUGCUUCUAAAAACACCACUGCGUUCAUGCCCUCCUUUUAGGCGGGGCAUCUGGUGGGGCCAGGACGCUGGAUCCAGCCCCUCUUAGUCCUCGUGAGAACAGUGUGGUGUAGUGGUUCAGAGUGGUGGACUCGUAAUCUGGUUCGAUUCCCCGCUCCUCCACAUGCAGCUGCUGGGUGACCUUGGGCCAUUCACACUUCUCUGAAGUCUCUCAGCCCCACUCACCUCACAGAGUGUUUGUUAUGGGGGAGGAAGGGAAAGAAGCUUGUUAGCCGCUUUGAGACUCCUUAGGGUAGUGAUGGGACGCGGGUGGCGCUGUGGGUUAAACCACAGAGCCUAGGAUUUGCUGAUCAGACGGUCACCCCGUGACGGGGUGAGCUCCCGUUGCUCGGUCCCUGCUCCUGCCAACCUAGCAGUUCGAAAGCACGUCAAAGUGCAAGUAGAUCAAUAGGUACUGCUCCGGCGGGAAGGUAAACGGCGUUUCAAUGCGCUGCUCUGGUUCGCCAGAAGCGGCUUAGUCAUGCUGGCCACAUGACCCGGAAGCUGUACGCCGGCUCCCUCAGCCAAUAAAGCAAGAUGAGCGCCGCAACCCCAGAGUCGGUCAUGACUGGACCUAAUGGUCAGGGGUCCCUUUACCUUUAGGGUAGUGAUAAAGCGGGAUAUCAAAUUCAAACUCUCCUCCUCCUCCUUCUCCUCCUCCUCCUCUUCUUCUUCUUCCUUCCGCAGCUCGCCUCCAGCUGCUGUGCACCGUGCUGCCUGCUUACAUCAAAGGGAUCCGGGAAGACAAGGAGCGCCAGGUGGUGAUGGAGAUUUUGGAGAGCCUGGCGAGGGUGCUGAAGACCUGCCGGCAAGAGGCCCUCCGCACACCCGGGCAGCUGACGGACCUGUGCCAGGUCAUCCGGGAGGUCCUGGAGAAAAAAGUGAGUCUUCAGGUGGGGAGGCGGGAGGGGAGCUGUGGUCCAAAAUACCUGUGAGUUCUCCAGGUUGGCGAAGGCUGGGGCAGAGAUUUCUGCAGGGCUCUACAGAGCCAGUAUGGUGUAGUGGUUAAGAGUGGUGGACUCGUAAUCUGGGGAACCGGGUUCGAUUCCCCGCUCCUCCACAUGCAGCUGCUGGGUGACCUUGGGCCAGUCACACUUCUCUGAAGUCUCUCAGCCCCACUCACCUCACAGAGUGUUUGUUGUGGGGGAGGAAGGGAAAGGAGAUUGUUAGCCGCUUUGAGACUCCUUAAAGGGAGUGAAAGGCGGGAUAUCAAAUCCAAACUCUUCUUCUUCUUCUUCUUUUUCCCCUCUUGGGGGCCAGUCUUUUCCAUCACUCAAGCUUGCCCUCGGUGACUUCCGCUGACCAGACUGUGAAUCUGGCAGCUCCUGCCAGAUUCAGCUUCACAGAGGGGGUGGGAAGCGUCAGGGCGAGGGGCACCCCCAAAAAAGCUUUAUAUGAGUACAGUGGUACCUUGGGUUACAUAUGCUUCAGGUUACAGGCGCUUCAGGUUACCGACCCAGAAAUAUUACCUCGGGUUCAGGAUGAGAACAGAAAUCGUGCAGCGGCAGCACAGAAGCAGCAGGAGGCCCCAUUAGCUAAAGCGGUGCUUCAGGUUAAGAACAGUUUCAGGUUAAGAACAGACCUCCAGAACGAAUUAAGUUCUUAACCCGAGGUACUACUGUAUAUAAAAUUACAAACUAGUGCAGUGCAUUUUUGGGAAGUGGUGGGACAUACACAAAUGGGGUAGAAGUGGGGCUUUUUUGUUGGAGGAGUAUUUAAUAAUAAUAAUAAUAAUAAUAAUAAUAAUAAUUUUUAUUUAUACCCCGCCCUCCCUGGCCAGAGCCAGGCUCAGGGCGGCUAACACCAGUUAAAUUACAGUAAAAACAUUGGGGGGGGACCAUUUUAAAAUACAGGUUAAAAUGCAAUUUAAAAUGCAGCCUCAUUUUAAAAGUAGCCCAUAGAUCAAAACCCGAAGGGGAGGGAAACAGAAGGGUCAGACUGAGUCCAAACCAAAGGCCAGGCGGAACAGCUCCGUCUUGCAGGCCCUGCGGAAAGAUGUCAAGUCCCGCAGGGCCCUGGUCUCUUGUGACAGAGCGUUCCACCAAGUCGGGGCCAGUACUGAAAAGGCCCUGGCCCUAGUUGAGACCAAUCUAACCACCUUGCGACUUGGGACCUCCAAGGUGUUGUCAUUUGUGGACCUUAAGGUCCUCCGCAGGGCAUACCAGGAGAGGCGGUCCUGUAGGUACGUGGGUCCUAGGCCACAUUUAGGCCAGUAUAUGCCGCAGUCCUAUUCAAAAACGCUCUCUUCCUCGUGUUCCCUUUGCAGACAGUCUGUCAGGACCCCAGUCUGGAUGAAGACGAGGAUGAAGAUUGUGACGAGGUGGUAAGUCCAGCAAUCAGCAGCCUCAGACCCCAGAACCCCUUGUAAUUUGUGGGCUUCUGAGAACAGACACGGCAGCCUGAUAUAUAUUUCCCUCACUAGCCUUUAUGGUUUCAAUAAAUGCAUUCCAAGUACUUUGGUUCUCAAACUUAAUCCAUUCCAGAAGUCCGUUCCAAAACCAAAGCGUUCCAAAACCAAGAGUGUACAUUCCCAUAGAAAGUAAUCCAAACGGAUUAAUCCGUUCCAGACUUUUAAAAGCAACCCCUAAAAUGGCAAUUUAACAUGAAUUUUACUAUCUAACGAGACCGUUGACCCAUAAAAUGAAAGCAAUAAACAAUGUACUGCAGUCACACAGUCAAUCCGUCAGUAGCUGAACUGGGUUCCACACAGUCACACACACAAAAAAACAAAAGAGCCGCAAAAACAAAAAGGCAAAAGAAAUAGCAAAAACAGAUAUACCUCAGCGUAACACUCAAAACGGAAGUUUUGGAGCCCGUUCAGCUUCCAAAAAAAGUUUGCAAACCUGAACACUUCCGGGUUUGCAGUGUUCGGGUUCCAAGUUGUUUGAGUACCAAGGCGUUUGAGAACCAAGGGACCACUGUAUCAUUAUACUUGUCCAAUCUUCGUCUGAAAGCAAUCAGUUCCUCCUUGAAAAAGAUACCCGCUCCGCGGCCUGCAAGCGAGGAAGACGGAGAACCUCGGCUCAAUUCUUUUUAUCUCUUUUUUCCUUUUCUACAAGAACACAAGGUAGAUGCCUUGCCACUGAGCUGUGGGCCUUGUAGUCUUUAAGAUUGCAGUCCUCGUGGUUCAGAAGCAGCAGCUGAUGUAAACAGUAGCAUAGGGACAAAUCAUUGGUCCUCCUAGCUCAGCAUUGUCUACCUGAACGGCAGCAGUGGCUCUCCAGGUUUUCAGACGGGCGUCUCUUUCUCUCCCAGCCCUGCCUGCAGAUGCCCGCAGGAUUUGAACUCAAGACCUUUUACAGGCAUUGCAGAUUCCCUCCCUCUGAGUUGCAGCCCGCCUUCUAAAUCUCUGCUUCCUCCUCUCCCUGCCCUGUGUCUCUCCUUUCUCCCUCUGCCUCCCAAAACCAGGCGGAAUAUGACUCCAUGCUGAUUGAGUACGCCGGUGAGGUGAUCCCGGCUCUGGCCGAAGCGGCUGGCGGAGAAGCCUUCGCUCCGUACUUUGCCGGCUUCCUGCCCCUGCUCCUGAAUAAGAUGGUGAGUGACGCCCCCCUUCCCUCUCCGGGACUUCCUGUGGCUUCCCAUUUACUUUAGCCCGGGUCCCGGGACACCUCAGCCCUUAUUUAUCUACUUAAGGGCAUUUGUGCCAUGCUAUUCAGCUUUAAAGUGAAAAAUUUAAAAUUCGGGCCUUGGGCCUGUCGCUGUGUCUAGGCCAGGCAUAGGCAACUUUCGGCCCUUCAGAGAUUUUGGACUACAAUUCCCAUCAUCCCUGGCCACUGUUCCUGUUAGCUAAGGAUCAUGGGAGUUGUAGGCCAACACAUCUGGAGGGCCAAAGGUUGCCUAUGCCUGGUCUAGGCCUAACCCAGCAGUUCUCUACCUGUGGGUCCCCCAGAUGUUGUUGGACUACAACUCCCAUCAUCCCUGAGCUCUGGCCUUGCUAGUUAGGGGUGAUGGGAGUUGUAGUUCAACAUCUGGGGACCCACAGGUUGAGAAAGGCUGGCCUAACCAUAGCUGUCAACUUUUCCCUUUACUUGCGAGGAAUCAUGUUUGGAAUAAGGGAAUUUCCCUUCAAAAAAAGGAAAACCUUGACAGCCAUGGGCCUCACCCUACCUCACAGGGGUGUUUUUUUUUACUUUGCUCAAGUAUUUCCGUGCCGCCAUAUCUGACCCCCCUGCUUGCCCCCUUGUAACGCUUUCCGGUGGAGCGGGGAGGGGGUCUUUUCCCUUCCUGUGAAUUUCUCCCUCAUCUUUGCGUUUCCGCUUCAUCCUGCCCCCUUCCUCCUCCCCGCAGAAGCCCAGCUGUUCCUCCACAGACAGGUCCUUCGCAGUGGGCACCAUGGCGGAGGCGGUGCAAGGCCUGGGCCGCGCCUCGAGCGCCUUCGUGCCGCGCCUCCUGCCGGUGCUGAUGGGGGCGGCGCGCGACGCCAACCGGGAGGUGCGCAGCAACGCCGUCUUCGGGCUGGGCGUGCUGGCGGAGCACGGCGGGGAAGCCAUGCACGAGUAUCCUUUGCUCCGUGAGGUGGAGGGGGCCGGGAUCGGGUUCCCGGCGCGGCCCGCCAAGGAAGAGUCCGCACGCGUUCCGGAAGCUUCCGUCAAUACCCCACAGAAACGAAGAAAAGCCGUUUAUAGAAACCUGGGCUGAAGUGAGCCAGAAUCUGGAAUCGUGUCACAGGUGAAACUCGAAAAAUUAGAAUAUCGUGGAAAAGUUCAUUUGUUUCAGGAAUUCAACUUAAAAGGUGAAACUAAUACAUGAUAUAAUUUGGGGUUUUCAUCAGCUGUAUGCCAUAAUCAUCACAAUUAUAGCAAAUAAAGGCUUGAUAUAUCUCACUCUGCAUGUCAUGAGUCUAUCUCAUAUAUUAGUUUCACCUUUUAAGUUUAAUUACUGAAAUAAAUGAACUUUCCAUGAUACUCUAAUUUUUCGAGUUUCACCUGUACCUUGAAGGCAGAAUCAGAGCGGAUUUCUCAAGGUACUGGCGAAAAAAGGGACACCAACACCCACAUAUAUCUAUAUAUCAUCUAUAUCUCCCAGCAUGUUGUUGUAAAAGGCCCCCCUCAGGGACUAUGAGAAAGGCAAUGCGUUGCUUAAAUACUAAGCUAUUAAAAACAAAUUAUAUACCAAUUGUGUACACUUAAUCAAAAUGAAAAGCAGCCUAUAUCUAUCUAUCAUCUAUCUAUCUAUCUAUCUAUCUAUCAUCUAUCUCAGGCUUCCUCAACCUCGGCCCUCCAGAUGUUUUGGGACUACAACUCCCAUCAUCCCUAGCUAACAGGACCAGUGGUCAGGGAUGAUGGGAACUGUAGUCUCAAAACAUUUGGAGGGCCGAGUUUGAGGAAGCCUGAUCUAUCUAAUCUCCCAGCAUGUUGUUGUGAAAGGCCCCCCUCAGGGACUACGAGAAAGGCAAUGCGUUGCUUAAAUACUAAGCUAUUAAAAACAAAUUAUGUAUCAAUUGUGUAUGCAUAAUCAAAAUGAAAAGCAGCCUGCCGAGAUCCCUGUGGUUUAUUCAUUCAUUUAGUAUAUUGCCCUUCAUCUGAAAAUCACAGCAUGAAAAUACAAAGUGAAAACACCAAAGGGAUAGGGUUAUCACUUAGUCACUUAAUUCAUUUAUUUCAUAGAAUUUAUACACUGCUAGAUUGUGUGUGUGUGUAUAUAUGUAUAUAUAAUCCAGCAGAGUAUAAAUGUAUAAAUAUAAAUAAGUGUAGGCCGCUUUGAGGGUGGUGUGUGUGUGUGUGUGUGUGUGUGUGUAUAUAUAUAUAUUUAAAAACCACCCUCAAAGCAGCCUACAAAAUACAAAAUGGCAAAACUGAGGCAGAUUCAGAACCCUACUUUGAAACGUGCAAAAGCUGAAAUGCUGAAACAGAUUAAAUUUGCCUCAACAUUUUAAAGCGUCUGGGUGGGCAUGUCUUAAACAGGAAUGUUUUUAGAGGGUGCCGAAAAUGUCAAGCAGCGAAAACGCCAGCUUGAUCUCAAUCGGCAGGGAGUUCCAAAGUGCAGACGUUGCCACACUAAACAACCGAGUUCUUACAAAUGUGGAAUGGGGAUUAUGUGGCACCGGUCGUCAUCAUAAUGCCAAUUCUGUCGAUCAAACCGGUCAAGUGAAUCCAUGACCAGGUUUUCCACGGACGGCCCCAGAGUUGUGGCCUGGUCUCUCCCCGAUGAGACCCACCUGUUUAGACAAGCCUUCUCCUGACUACAGUGGUGCCUCGCAAGACGAAAAGAAUCCGUUCCGCGAGUCUCUUCGUCUUGCGGGUUUUUUCGUCUUGCGAAGCAAGCCCAUUAGCGGUUUAGCGGAUUAGCGCUAUUAGCGGCUUAGCGGGCUUAGCGGAUCAGCUGUUAAGCGGCUUAGCCGAUCAGCUGAUAAGCGGCUUAGCGACUUGGGAAAAGGGGGGGGGAAGGAAAAAAACCCCGCAGGAACUCGCAAGACAUUUUCGUCUUGCGAAGCAAGCACAUAGGAAAUUCGUUUUGCGAAGCACCUCCAAAACGGAAAACCCUUUCGUCUAGCGGGUUUUCCGUCUUGCGAGGCAUUCGUCUUGCGGGGCACCACUGUAUUGUUUUAUUAUACAACUUGACUGCGACCGUUUCAAUGUUCCGGUGAGAUUGUUUUCUUGUGUUUUGUUUUCGUUUGUAUAGGAAUUGAUUAUAUAUAUUUAAAGCUUAUUGGAAGCCAUUUUGGCAGUUAAGCAGUGUAUAAUAACUCAACGGUGCUGGUGGUGGGAAUCCAGCAAAAUCCUUUGGCCUUUCUCGCUCUCUCUCCAGUUCCUCGCCCUCCCGACUCUUCCUUUUUCUCCUUAACCCCCUCGCUUGCUCUGCUACAGACACUACCCCAAGGUCCUGGGGCUUUUGUCCAACAUAAUCUCUCAGGAGCGUAACAACCGGGUGGCCGACAAUGUAUGCGGGGCCGUCGCAAGGAUGGUGAUGGCCAAUCCUGGAGGGGUCCCCAUCGGACAGGUGAGAGCCGAGUGCGAAUCCUGAUCAGUAUGCAAGGCCCCAUAGCGCAGGUGCGGAUCGGGAAUCUUCUGCCACCUCCUUAAUAUUGGAGGCACCUAGCUUCAGCAUGUACAGUGGUACCUCGGGUUAAGUACUUAAUUCGUUCCGGAGAUCCGUUCUUAACCUGAAACUGUUCUUAACCUGAAGCACCACUUUAGCUAAUGGGGCCUCCUGCUGCCGCUGUGCCGCCGGAGCACGAUUUCUGUUCUCAUCCUGAAGCAAAGUUCUUAAUCUGAAGCACUAUUUCCGGGUUAGCGGAGUCUGUAACCUGAAGCAUCUGUAACCCGAGGUACCACUGUAUAUGCUUUUGGAAACAGUUAAUCUUUGCCACCACUUCUUUUUUAAUUCCGGCUUGGUUGAUCUGGAAUACCUACUUGCCGUUCUGCUUAUCCAUUGGGUUUUGGAAAUCAACUUUUAUUAAUUAAAAAAAAGAGGUUUUUAUUUCUGAUAAGAAAAAUCCAAACUAACCUAGGCAUUAAGCCUAUAGAAUUGCCUGAUCCUGAAACCCAGGCUGUUGAUUGAUUUCCGGUCAUCAUCAUCACUAUUAUUUAAUAAAGUAAUAUUUUAUUAUCCUUAGCAUUUAUGUUAAGUGCUUAACAUUUUCUGUGUGUUGCACAGAGAUUCAAACCCUGUCCACGGGCGUUGCAAUUUACUGCGCACGUCAUGAAAGGAAAAAGGAAUGGGGAGGGGAGAGGAAAGUGCUGUUGACUCGAAUUCCCAGGAGCUUUCCAAGGUCUCAGGAGCAGCCCUGACUCUUUACGGUUGUUUUCAGCUGGGGAUUAAACAUGCAACCUUUGCUCUGCGAAGCAUUUUAUUUACCACUGGGUUUUGUUCAUUAGCUACCUUCCUUUCUGAAUAGUAGAUUAUCUUAACACGUUCUUUUUAACUGCCCCAGCAGAAUAUGGGGAGGGGGGAGGAGAGGGGCAGACUUUCCCACUCCCCGUGCUUCUGGGUGAAGUGGGGAGUCCGAUCCCCUUGGCCAAGCGGUGGGGAAGGGGGGUGGUCACCAUUUUUUCCAACCCCGGUUAACGAAGGAGUGCAACAGCAACAAUAAUAAUAAUAAUUUAUUAUUUAUACCCUGCCCAUCUGGCUUGGCUUCCCCAGCCACUCUGGGCGGCUUCCCAAAAAAUAUUAAAAUACUGUAAUACAUCAAACAUUAAAAUCUUCCCUAAACAGGGCUGCCUUCAGAUGUCUUUUAAAAGUCUUGUUCUCUUUGACAUCUGGUGGGAGGGCAUUCCAGAGGGCAGGUGCCACUACCAAGAAGGCCCUCUGCCUGGUUCCCUGUAACUUGGCUUCUCGCAGCGAGGGAACCGCCAGAAGGCCCUCGGAGCUGGACCUCAGUGUCCGGGCAGAACGAUGGGGGUGGAGAUGCUCCUUCAGAUAUACUGGACCAAGGCCAUUUAGGGCUUUCAAGGUCAGCGCCAACACUUUGAAUUGUGCUCGGAAACGUACUGGGAGCCAAUGUAGGUCUUUCAAGACCAGUGUUAUGUGGUCUCGGUGGCCACUCCCAGUCUAGCUGCCACGUUCUGGAUUACUUGUAGUUUCCAGGUCACCUUCAAAGGUAGCCCCACAUAGAGUGCAUUGCAGUAGUCCAAGCGGGAGAUAACCAGAGCAUGCGCCACUCUGGCGAGACAGUCUGCGGGCAGGUAGGGUGUUAGCCUGCGUACCAGAUGGAGCUGGUAAACAGCCGCCCUGGACACAGAAUUGACCUGUGCCUCCAUGGACAGCGGUGAGUCCAGAAUGACUCCCAGGCUGCGCACCUGGUCCUUCAGGGGCACAGUUACCCCAUUCAGGACCAGGGAGUCCCCCACACCUGCCCGCCUCCUGUCCCCCCAAAACAGUACUUCUGUCUUGUCAGGAUUCAACCUCAAUCUGUUAGCCGCCAUCCAUCCUCCAAUGUUUUGACCACAAUCGAGGACCCUUGCUCCGACCCCUGGGCUGCUUCUCUCUCUGCGCAGAAGAAUCCCUUUGGGUCAGGCGGCUAUGGUCAAAUCUGUGGCCGUAUAACCACCUCACGGCACCCAGGGAUGGGUGCAAAAGUUGACACGCUUUUUACUUCAGUGCUGCUUCAAAAGCGGAGUAAAAUACCCAGCUCUUCAACUCUGGCUGAGAGUCUAUAGGACAGCCUUUGCCAGCCUGGGGCCCUGCAGAUGUUUUGGAGCAGCAAGGCCUACAAUUAAGGACUUUGUGAUGAUCCUUCAUCAAGCAUCUUUCCCUCCCGCCUUGUUUCUUCCCACCCUUUCCACAGAUUUUCCCCGUCCUGAUCCACAAUCUCCCCCUGAAGGACGACUUGGAGGAAUACAAAACGGUUUUCUGUUGCAUCAACUUUAUAUAUGAGCACGAUCCCCAGCAGGUAGGUUCCCCCAACCUCCCUCCCUCCCUCACAACCUAUCGCUUCGACCCGAGAGAUUCCCCCCCCAAAAAGAACCCCUCUGCUUUGGCAGAACUUUGUCUCUAGUGUUGUAGUUGGAGUGCCAGACCCAGCAGCCGGGAGAGGUGGCACAAGCGACUUGGCGCAGGGCUGCAAAAGGCACCCUCCCGGUUCAUGCUGCAUGUACCCAUUUCCUUGCCCAAUACCAGAGUUGGCGGCAAGUCUCUUCCCCCGCCCAGGCGGACAUCCAUUUUCUGCUCAUUCGGAUCGAGCAAAGCUUCCCUGUAACAAGAGGGGAGCUGAGAGAUGCUAUUUCUUUUAAAAAGGGACACGGGUGGCGCUGUGGGUUAAACCACAGAGCCUAGGACUUGCUGAUCAGAAGGUCGGCGGUUCGAUUCCCCAUGACGGGGUGAGCUCCCGUUGCUCGGUCCCUGCUCCUGCCAACCUAGCAGUUCGAAAGCACGUCAAAGUGCAAGUAGAUAAAUAGGUACCGCUCCGGCAGGAAGGUAAACGGCAUUUCCGUGCACUGCUCUGGUUUGCCAGAAGCGGCUUAGUCCUGCUGGCCACAUGACCCGGAAACUGUACGCCGGCUCCCUCGGCCAAUAAAGCGAGAUGAGCGCCGCAACCCCAGAGUCGGCCACAACUGGACCUAAUAGUCAGGGGUCCCUUGACCUUACUAUCCACAACAUCCCCACAUGUUCCGUGUUUUGCUUCCCACACACAAAAGGGGAUUUGCCGCGGCCCUGAGAAGGCCUUCUUCUCUUUCAGGUCCUGCAGCAGAUUGGCGAACUUGUGCGAGUCAGUGGCAGCGUUCUGGCCAAGGAGAACAUCCCCUCAGGUAUGCGCUCUGGGUGGUCAGCGGGCCUUCUUGGUUGGGCAGCUGCCCACCAGCUUCUCCCCCUUCCCCCCCCCCGCCCAUUUUUACUGCCCAACCACUUUGGGAGAGGGUGUUGGUGUUCAGAAGAACGCGACUUCGUUGUGCGAUCAGUGCCACGUGGCAUGUGGUGCUCUCGGGGUCACUGGGUGGUAUUCACACCCGCCCAGGGCGCCUGACGAUAAUUCAACUCAUAACAAUAACUAUUCCUGAUAACAGCAACGUGGCGUAGUGGUUAGAGCGCCGGACCUCGGACCUGGGUGCGUCAGGGAUUGUAACGGUCACUAGGCCCCACAGCCCCUGCUGCCCCACGAACAUCCGGCUGGCGGCUAGGGGGAAACGGAAAGGUUGAGCGAGGUAUUGCCCAGCGUCCGAUACGUCACUGCUGCAUCUCGGCCAGCUUAACGGCUCUCUCCCUCUGUGUGUGUGUUCUCGUUGCUCAGAAGGCCGCAACUCCCUGGUCUCCCUGCUGCGCAAUCUCUCCGCCCGAUGCCCGUCCGAGUUCCAGGCGGUGGUGCGCUCGCUGCCUUCGGAAGCCGCUACCUUGGUCAACGCGGCGGUCAGCUCUGUUUGAGGAGGGGCCGCGCUCCCAACUUUGUGAAAGCGGAAGGGGACUUUGCUUGAGGCGACCCCCAAACCUCCCACCGCACACCCUUCUUGGCUCUGUAUGGACUAACCCUUCCAAGUUUUUGCGGCCGACCUGCCCUCCGCCCGUUGACGCCAGGCGACGCUCCCUGCGGUUUCAAUUCCCCGUUUCUCGUCAGGCUUCUCUCGCCUCACCAUCGUGCCACCUACCUGUGACGGCUGUUCGUUUUUUGCCACACGCGUCCCUUGGUGCUGAGGGGGGGUCUUGGGGGGCGGGCAGUCAGCCUUUUUUCACACAGCAUCAGCAGCGGCAUGAAGUAUGUAGCACCCAAACUCCCACCAGCCUCUUUUCUUCCUCGGCCUUUCCCCAAGGGAGGCUCUCUGCCCAACACCUUCAGGGACUGCAGCGGUUGCUCGAUCCAUCCGUUGGGGGGCCUCAAAGUCCCUGCGGCCAAAUUUUUGCCUUUUUUUGCUGCCCAGUUACGACGCCCUCAACCAGCACGCUUCAUUUGCCAAGGGGCAACCGUCGUAGCCAGUUUUGCGCCGAGACAAGAGCCCAGCAGGAUUGGGGGGGGGGUGGCUGUGUUUUACGGGAGCCCCUUUUAGUAGGGCAGCAAGGAGGAAAGGAGAGAGGAUAUUGGUGCAGUCGGGGGCACUAGUCCACAUGGUUUUCCCUUCUUCCUCGAGAUGGACUUUGGAGGGCUGAGGAGUGCUUUCAGCGGCACUCAAAAACACCAGCAGUGUGGCAUGUCAUAAGCAUGUAAACUGCAAAAAAAACCACCCCUCAUUCCUCGACCAUUACAGGAAGAGGGAAUGUGAGCUUGAGUUCGGCCUGUCCCUGUUGCGGUUGCUAUAACCUCCCACCACCAGGAAAUGUGUAUUUUAUCUUUCUUUGAAAGCUAAGCGAAAACAAGAGCGGUGUGGGGAGGGAGUUUUAGUCAUUGAGAGACCCACUUUCUGUUUGAUCUCCAAGCCAAAGAUUUCAGGUCAGGUCACACUUGAAAGUUCAGCAGUAUUAAGUUUUCCUCAGAUAUAUGCUGAUGCGAGUCCUGCCAUUAAUGGAAGCCAAGACACAGCCCCUUCCGAUUAUUAUUUACUUCCUCCUCCCGCGGAGUUUCUCAUCUCUUUCCAACGGUUGUCGAGGGGGGCGGCUGUCUUUUGAGCCAAAUUCGUCCCGCCUCCCUUUCCCUGUUGGGAGCGAUUCUCAGCGCUUUUAAGUGCCGCCUCCCUCCCGUUCUUUGCGGGGGGCUUAUUCCAAAUGAAUUUUGUUUGCCAAAGUUCGUGUUUCCCCCAAACAGUCUCUGAGAGGAUUUUGUGAUAAUUUAUUUUCGCAAGGCUGCUGUAGGUUUUCACCCGGGCUCCUGCACCCAUCGAACCAGCUGUUUCCCCAUCUAGUUUGUAUUUAAGAUUAUAUAACCACCUGGGUUUUGGUAUUUUUCUGGAACGAAGAGAUUAUAUUGUGUUAUGUUAUAAUAAAAAAACACGUUGAAACUAACAA